GACGCCACGAUCAGCUGUUUGAACGUUCUAAUUUCUGAGCCGAGAUCAACCGGGGAUUCAGCAAUAACAGAAAAAAAAUAAUACCAAGACUACAGCCAGGGGAGGGAGGGCGUCCGGACGCGAGGGCAGCUGCUUGCAGUUUGCAAAUGGUGCAUAUCUUCUGAGAAGACCUGAGACACCAUUCACAUCACCACCACCUCCUGCUCUUCCUCCUCCUGCAUCCUUUUUUGGGGGGAGGGUCUUUUUUUUUAAUCGUUUCUAUUAUUGAUUUCAAUUAAAACUACCUCACAGACUCUGCCUAAAGCUGGUGCUUAAUAAUAAUAAUAAUAAUCUUGUGGGUUUUCUUUUUGUGUGUGUGGUGUUGUUUACAAAACAUUUGAUGACAUUAAAGGCAAGGUAAGUGCUGUUCUACUCCCCCCCCCCGCUCCCCCAAUUCCCUUUGCCCAGGGCGGUUGGUUUAUUUCCAAACUUGUAUUUUUGUGGCGAAAGGGAGCUUGCGAGUGAUUUUUGUUUUGCUGCUGUCGACGUUUUAAGAGUCCAUCCCUUUGCAUGUAGUGUGCGUAUGAGAGAGAGGGACGUUCAUCUCUGAUAUCGAUUUCCCUUCUGGUGUGCCAUUUGAAUUCCCUUUUGUAUUUGACAGUCCCUAUGCGGCCGGGUGCUUCGCUUUAUGUUUCUCAAUAUGUUGUUAUGGACGCGUUGCGAUUUCAUCCUCUGGUUGGCAGGGAACUCACGAAUACAUUAUAUUGAGGUAGGAGACCUUCUAAACCUCAGGAGGGACUGAUCUUUGUGUUGAGUUUAGAAGCAGGCUAUCUUGACCUCUAGAGUCACCAGGGGGAGAGAGACGGGGGGUCUGGAGGGGAGCGGGCGGUGACGAAGAAAGGCUCCUGUUUACUUCGUCCUUUGCUUUGGCUUGCGAAUGAAAAAUUGACAUAUGUGGUGCGUGUAUCUAUAUAUCUGUGUAUUCUCAUCGUAGGUUUUUGAGAGUAAAAUAUCCCACUUUAAAACCGGAUCCCCGAAUGUAAGUAAUUACAGAAUCAUUAAUAAUCAUGGUUGCUCUUUUAUGAUUUUGAAGAGCCUUCGGUAAUAAACAAAAGGCUGCGCAAGAGACAGCCAGGAAUAAUAGGCUGGGGUUCGGGAUCUGACUGGUUUGUAACUGACUCUCUUAGCUUCAAAAUGCAGAAAGAGCCUUUUGUCUUGACUGUCUUCGGCUAUUAACAACAACCAAAUGUUGCAGAUAUUAAUAAUACACUGGGAAGGUGAUGCGGGUGGGGAGGGAGAGGCGAAGGAGCGGAAAGAAGGCAAAACAUCCCCUUGUUUGUGUGGAGCUUGUCUCAUUGAGGUCAUAACAGGCGAAUGGAAAAUGUUCAUCAUAAUCAACUGCAGAUCAGUGGGGUGGGUUGGCUGCCUGCUUUUUCGCUCAGCUGUUUCCUUGAGAGCAAGCUCUUGUUACCCACUGCAAUCCUGCCAGCUACCGCUGCAUAUGGGCUCCUAAUGCAAAAUGCGGACUUGAUUUGUUGUCCUUGGCGUCACUCCCGCCGGGUGUUUGUUCAAAAAUAAAAACGGGAAGAGUUCUGACUUGUGUGUGACUCUUUGCAAGCGAACUACGAACGUGCCUUAUUGGAUCGCCUCUUGGCUUAUAGUUUAUAAACCGAGCAUGCACUUGUGGAUCGGGGUGCGGUGGAGGGCAGGGAAGGCGAGAACCCGCAGCGUCCGGCCUUCUAUGGAAAUGUAUCUCCGCGCCAAGCGCAAAGGGCGAACAGAUGCGCUGUUGUGGCGUAACAACAAGAAGCUUUCGUGACCUAUGCGAGUCCCCCCGCUUCGUCGGGCUUGCAGGAGGCAGGAUCGGGGCCCAGGUCUCUCCUCUUGACGUAGGUAAAAGGGAACAAAAGGCAGAGCUGUUGAAACGACAAACAAGGCGUCGCGUUUCCUCGACCUGGAGGACCAGCCGCCGCUCUGCGCUCAGUCAGUUUCACGGCCCUGCUUGAUUCUUCACAUUCCCUUGUCUUUGCCUCUUUUGUUACUUGUUUCUCCACCAGCGGAUUAAGAUUAAAGGUUGAUCUCAGCCCCCACCCCCAUUGGCUGCCUGGGAUUGGAAGCCUGGGGUGACGUCGCCGUCAUUUGCAUAUGACAUUGAGACGUCACCAAGGCCGGCCCUUUCUAAUCCUUCCCUCCCGCUCCCCACCCGCGCGUAUUGAAGUUGUCCUCUUUUGACCUGCUGUGUGGAAGGCUGCCAUAUACUGGAGAGCGCUGAAGAUCGGUGCAUUGCAUUUCUUUUAUAAUUCGGUGGGCAGAGGACUGCAUGGAGCAAUGUCAUGUUAUUUUGUAUUUGCACUGCUGAGCAAGAAGCUCGUAGGGUCGGUGUCACAGCAAAUAAAGCACCUAAGGGAAGGAUGACUAGGGCUCGGUGUGCCUCUCCUUUGGUCCACUUUACUCAUCAUCUUUUUUUAUAGCUUUGAGUGGUAGUUUGGAUUUUGGGCUCAUUCAGCAUGUUAUAUUUUAACACACAUAAUUUAAUUGUGGGUGUAGCUGGGAAGAGGAGGGGCAGUAGCUCAGUGGUGGAACAUUGGCCUGGCUUGCAGAAGGGCUCUGGCUAAAGCCUUAGCCUCUGAAAGAGAUCCCUUGCCUGAAACCCUGGAGAGCUGCUGCCAAUCUGUGUAGAAAAUGCUGAACUAGGUGGACUAGUUGUCUGACGUAAUAUAAGGCAGCUUCCUGUGUCCAUAUCUUCCCAGAAAAGCAAAAUCCUUUAUGCACUAUUAAAGCGGAAUAGCCAAAUGUACAAAAGAAUGAUGGGUUGCUUGUGGAGAAUUCAGGGUGUGAGCCCAACAGAAAAUGUGUUGAUGUAUUUAUUACUACAUUUAUGUCCCACCUUUCCUCCACAGAGCUCAAGGUGUUUUUUCACAUCUCCACUUUAUCCUCACGACAACCAUGUGAGGUGGGGUUAAGCUGAGAGACAGUGACUGGCCCAUGGCCAUCAAGUGAGCUUCAUGGCUAAAUCAGGAUUUGAACCCUGGUUUUCUAGGUCCUAGUUCAAUGCUCUAAUCAUCACACCACCUAGCCAGCAUUUGAAACCAUUGUUCAUUCCUCCAUAUUAUUACAUGAAAGGCCUUGCUUUGCUAUGGAGAUUUUUUAAACAGUUAGAGCCCCCUCCAGUGUAAUUAAUGCAGCACACCAUGCCCAAUAAUUUGGUUAGCUUGCUGCUUUUAACAUCUGUUCUUUUGGGGGCCUUAGACUAGUCCAGCUUUGGAUAACUUGCAAGAGGAGCGAUGCUGACACUGACAGUAUAUAUGGUAAGGAAGUUUAUCACAUUCCCUUUUGAUGUUCAGUUGGUCUGGUGUCUGUUUUUCACAAGUGAUAAUUAAACCUGAUUUGUGGGUGACAAAAAGGCCAGAGGCACCAGUGUUGGAGCCAAAGUGCCUGGUCCUUUAUUGAUUUGUGUGUUAAAGUUGAUGGCUGUUGCAAUGAAACUGAAGUGUAGUCACCGCUCUGAGUUUUACCCCCUGUAGUUGCAUGGCUCUAGGGAAAAGAUUUAGAUGUUCAUUUGUAUCCAUAGGACUACAAGUGACAGACUCCUGCAUAUCAGCUACUCUGCAGAUUAAAUGCAUAAGCAAACUGCAAAGUUGCAGACACCAUAUUCAUCUAUGACCAUUCAUUUUACAGCUGUGUGACAGGAAGCUAUGAUGCAGCUGUGUACACACUCCCAUUUACUCUGCAUCCAGUGUGCUCCUGCCGCAGGUUUGGGAAGUGGUAUACAAUUGCAGAUGUUAGCUGUAUCUGUCUUGCCAUUUCUUAUUCAACCUGGUUUGUGGGUCCUCAAUACCAGGAAAGGGCUGUGAGCACUUAGAAAAGGAUGCUGUGAUUACUAAGACCCAGCAUGGGUUCCUCAAAAACAAGUCAUGCCAGACAAAUCUCAUUGUUUUCUUUGUUUUUUGAUAGAGUUACAGGCUUGAUGGAUUAGGAGAAUGCUGUGUAUCUUGUAUGUGUAUCUUGAUUUCAGUAAGGCUUUUGACAAAGUCCCUCAUGAUACUCUUCUGGAGAAGCUGGUAAAAUGUAGACUGGAUGAGGUAACUGUCAGGUGGAUUUGUAGCUGGUUGGCUGACUAAACCCACAGAGUACUUGCUAAUGGUUCCUUGUCAACCUGGAGAAAAGUGGGGUGCAGCAUACUGCUGCAGAGUUUUGUCCUGGGUCCAGGGUUGGUAAACAUUGUUAUAAAUAACGUGGAUGAAAGUUUUGAGGGGAUGCUAAUCAAAUUUGCAGAUGACAUGAAACUGGGAGGUGUACCCAUGCCACUGAAGACAGAAUUGGGAUUCUGUGUGACCUUAACGUCUUGGAGAACUGGCUAUAAACCAGCAAAAUGAAUUUCAAUAGGGGCAAAUGUAAGGUGCUGCACUUAGGCAUGAAGAACCAGCUGUAUAAAUAUAAGAUGGGGAACAUCCGGAUUGCCAGUUGUACAUGUGAAAAGGAUCUGGGGGUUUUAUAGACUAUAAGCUUAACAUAAGUCAACAGUGUGGCAUUAACAGAAGCCUUGUACCCUGGUGCUGUGGUCCACGGGAUCACGAAGAGUCGGACACGACUAAACGACUAAACAACACGUACCCCAAUCAAGGGAAGUAAUAGUUCUGCUCUAAUUCUGUCUUGGUCAGACCACACCUAGAGUACUGUGUCCACUUCUGUGCACUACAAUUUAACAAGGAUAUUGACAAUAUGGAAGGUGUGAAGAGGAGGGCAAACAAGAUGAUCAAGAGUCUGGAAUCCCAUCCUUAUGAGCAAUGGUUGAGGGAGCUGGGUAUGUUUAGCCUGGAAAAGAGGAGACUGAGAGGAGAUAUGAUAGCCAUCUUCAGAUAUCUAAAGGGCUGUCACAUGGAGAAUGGAGCUAGCUUAUUUUCUCCUGCUCUGGAGGGUAGGACCUGAAUCAAUGAUUCAAGUUACAAGAAAGGAGAUUCCAAAUAAACAACAGUAAGAACUUUCUGACAGUAAGUGCUGUUUGACAGAGACUUCCAUGAGAGGUGGUGGACUCUCCUUCCUUGAAGGCUUUUAUGCAGGGGUUAGAUGGCCAUCUCUCAUGUAUGACCCAGUUGAGAUUCCUGCAUUGUGGUCCCUUCCAAAUCUACAGUUUUAUGAGUCUAUAAUUCUAUGAAACAUCGAGGUUUGGUGAAUUUCCCUCUAAUCCAGCUUCCAUCUGUAUGAGUACACAGCCACUGUCCUUGAAGGUUAUGGGGUUAGCCCACUGCAUUAAGAAAUGGGAGUUUUUGUGCCUUUAUGCAUUCUGAAGUUUGGGGUGAAGAUUGUGCAAUCUAAUACUAAACUGUGACACAUUAAAUCUGCAGUAUAAACACCAGUGUGACAGAUGAAGCUUCCACCCUCCCAACCACCAUAGCCAUCCCCUCUUGAGUAGGAGGUGAUGAAGAUAGCAAUUCUCAAGCAUCAUAAGCACAUACUGCCGUUCUACAGUGUCGUGAUGACAGUGGAGGCAUUCUUAGAUCUAUUUUGGAAUGUUUUCCUUGGCGAGUCUUGGCAUUUGGCUCCAAAGAAUUUGGAAAGGGUUUAUUUUGGGGGAGCAACGUCUUGAUUCUAAAUAGGUAUUUGCAAAGCUCGUAACAGAUCUGGAAGUCCUGUCCCUGUUAAUUACAAAAACAAGAGCAACCCACUCCUUCCUGCCUAUUUUGUAAUGUUCUUGUGCUUCAUUGGUCUUGGUUUCAAUUGUGCUUUCUCUCUCCCUCCCUCCUGGUCUUACCUAACAGGGUUAUUAUGGAGAGCCAGUGAUUCACAAAAGAAGGAUAACAAUAUAUGCCAGGUUGAGAGGAAGAAGAAUAGCUCAUUUUCUUUCUGGUUUUAGUUUCCUUUUGCCAAACAAAAACCUCUCCGGAGUUCACUUGGAUUUAUCAAAAUAAUGUGCAGCCACCUGACAUCAUGAAAGCAGUCUCACUAUAUGCAGAAGAUAACUGAAAAAAAUAUCCAAUUCCCAGGAAGGACAAAUAGAUAAGAAGCUAAGAAGAGCUUGCUGGAUCAGGCCAGUGGCCCAUCUAGUCCAGCAUCCUGUUCUCACAGUGGCUACACGGAUAUCUGUGGGAUCCCUGCUGCCACAUCCACUACCUCCUCACCAAACCCCCAGAAUUUUUUUAAUAGACUGGUGCCAUAUUUUAAUCCUGGCCCUGGAGGAUCAAAAUCACACUUGAGUGUGAUCUGCUCUUCUUUGGGACUGAACCGAUAUCUCAUAAAGCUUAACAUUUGACUUUCAAAUUUAACAUUUGACUUUCAAACAUAUUGGUCAAUGCACUGAUAUUCGUUUGGGCAUGCGGUUUUAUCCUAUUUUUGCAGUUAUGCUACACACACACACACACACACACACACAAUAUAAAUAUGGCAAAUGGAUAAAGCAUAAGCCAAUGGCACAACCUUCCAAGGGAUGGAGGAGGCCUUGAAGAGCAUCCCAUUGGCACUGACAGCAAGUAAUUAUGUUGCGAUUCCACUGGGGUAGAGAAGGAAAAAGCACACAGUACCCGACUGGACUCAGAAUUCAAAUACCUUGUCCUGGCAACACAAGGAUUUUGGCUUGUACUCCCCACCCAGUUUGCGUGCACCCAUUUUCCCCUCCCCAAAUCUGCUCCAGAUGGUUAGGGAAACUCCCAGAACAGAUUUAGGGAGCACUGAAAGGCAGGAGAUGGGGAGAGCAUUAUGUUGUGCAAACAAAAAUCCUUGCCUUAGCACUAUGCUGGAUUCAGCAUCCAGAGAAUCCCAGAUUUUUUGUUUUGGUUUUCAUCUUCUUCACCUUCUUCAAGUUUCUAACCCUCAUGGCUUUGAAUGUAUGUUUGAACAUAUGUAGGAGGUGUUUACUGAAAGUCAGAAGUUUUGCUGAACAGGAUUUCCAAAGGAUGGAGGCCAGGCUUUCUGUUCAGCAUAGCUCUUCACGCAUCUCCUAAAUUAUGCAAUACAGCAAAAUUUGAAAAUAAAACUUAUUUUGGCAAGAAUUAUACAAAUUACCUUGCUUUGUAUCAUUUACCUAGUAUACAUCUUUAUGUUGCAUAUUAUAUUAUAUACAGUAUAAUAAUUUCAUACAUUAUAAUAAUUGCUAUAUUAUGUAUAGUAUAUUAAUGAUUCAUUAUUUAUGUGUUUGUUUUUCUUUGUGAACAGGAUGAACAAUUAACAUUACCCUCUUUUCUUCUCAGUCACAGGGCAGUGUGUACUUUGUCAUAACUUUUUUUUUGAAACUUUAUCUGCCCAGGCAACCUAAACCUGUACACACAUAGAAAUUCUGAAAUGUAUAAUUUUUAUGCAGUUCAGCCUUUCGGGGUGCAGAAUUUAGGUUCCUUAGGCAGUUCCCUCCCCCAAAAAAGUACUGUAUUAUUGCAAAGUACACACAGUCCUGGUAACAAGAAGAAAGAUGAUGUUAAUGGUGUGUGCUUAUUUUCCCUUUGUGAAAACAUGAACAGUUACCAUCCAAAGGAUGUGCAAAAAUGUGCACUGUAAGACAGAGUAAGGAAAUUAUUGUUAACUAGGGCUAAGCUAGAUUCCAUCUAUGCCAAUAGCAUCUCAAGCUUCCUUCCCAGUACAUUUCCGAGCACAAUUCAAAGUGUUGGUGCUGACCUUUAAAGCCCUCAACGGCCUCAGCCCAGUAUACCUGAAGGAACGUCUCCACGCCCAUCGUUCAGCCUGGAGACUGAAGUCUAGCUCCAACGGCCUUCUGGCAGUUCCCUCACUGCGAGAAGUGAGGUUACAGGGAGCCAGGCAGAGGGCCUUCUUGGUAGUGGCGCCCACCCUGUGGAACGCCCUCCCAUCAGAUGUCAAGGAAAUAAACAACUAUCUGACUUUUAGAAGACAUCUGAAGGCAGCCCUGUUUAGGGAAGUUUUUAAUGUUUGACUUUUUAUUGUGCUUUAAUAUUCUGUUGGGAGCAGCCCAGAGUGGCUGGGGAAACCCAGCCAGAUGGGCGGGGUAUUAUUAUUAUUAUUAACAACAACAAUAACAACAACUUUUUGAUAGGAAACACCAGCUGAUAUUGCAUUCUUACCGCCCUUUGCAUAUUACAGCAUUUCCCAAAUGGCAUGCACAGCCCCAGUUAAAACUGGAGACACACUUCGGUCUUGGAUCUAAAAAGGUUUGCUUUUAGAAUACAUAAGAAUAAAAAUUACCCACCCUUUAGGGAUGAGGGAGUUUUGGGCCUCUAGGUGUUCUAGGUUCCCAUCAUCCCUGGCUAUUGACCCAUGAGGAUUAACUCUGAAUAACCCAAUCACACUUAUUGCAAGAGAUGUCUCUCAAUGUUCUUCCCCCAGCAGAGGCUGUGUGGAAGUCUCCCAGUUAAACACUGAGAGAAAAAGCCAUCUGAUAGCUGUUCAACAGAAGAACAGAGUACCUCACUGUGCGUUAGCAGUUUCUCCCAUGCAUUGUUUGGGAAUGACCACCCUGUGGCAAGAAGCUGAGAUUGCCAGGAGUCUUUGUCGGUGAAUGGGGAGGGGCAGUUGCACACAGAAGGUUGAUUCCCCCAGCAGAGCUUGGUGGCACCAGCCAUCUCUUCCUUUGUGCUGGAGGAGGGGGUUGGAAAGGCCUUUGUCGCCUGAAAGUGUAAUCCCCUCUCACUGUGAGCAGAUGGCCCCUGCUAGGCUUACUGGCAUACAGUCUGAGCUGCAUCAUGUCACUUUCUUAUUUAUACAAAGGGGGGGGGGGAGAAGCAGGGGCAGGGAGGUCAUUCAGUUACCCCCUAUUUCCCACAUUAUGCUGGGCCAAACUGCUGCAGAACUGGGUCACAUCAAGACACACAGGAUACAACAUCCCAGCAUGCUUGCUUUGCUCAGUAGUGAGUACCGUCCCACUGCAAUUUUUUUUCUCCCCUGGUCACAUUUCCUACUUUUCUGUCAGUUCCCAAAGCAAGUAAGGCUAUUACUGAGAUAUUACUGAGAUAGUCAAGGGAGAGCUGGCAUAAUGUAAUGGUUGUAGCAGCAAUUCUGUGCACGCUUAAUAAUUUUCAAGUGAGAUCUCCAAGAAUAUGUCGUAGUGUGGGGAGCUUCUGUUCCGUGUUCAAGUCAGCCAGUGAUAUCUGCCUCUCCUCACCCCUUGCCCCACUGGGAUAUUCUGUUCCAUUCCAGUCUCCCUCUCCAACCCCAAUGCUUGCAAGAUAGGACAGGGUGCCACCACUGAGAAGACCCUUGCUCCAUUGACCACCCACCUUUCUGGAGGUGGCAAGGGCACCCAAAGGAAAGCCUUACUUGGUGGUUUCAAUACAUGGGGAGGUUAUUAUACAUUAGGGAGCAGGGCUGCUCUAAAGAUGGCUAGGAACAGUGGCUUAGAACAGUGGCUUAGAAACAGUGCCUAUAAACGCCAAUCAUUAUUCUUGCUUUAAAAGCUUUGGUUAAUAAAAUCAAUAGAACUACUAGCCUUCUGUGUGUUUAUAGGAGGGCUUUAAAGAUGGGUCAGAGUGGUGCAGAUUCUGUUCACAGUUCAGUCAUUAGGAGGAUGUUGUGAAAAAAGACCUGGUGAAACUUCAGGACUAUGUUGCUGGACAUUUCAUGAUGUAAUCCUGUGAACUUCUGCUAUGGGCAUCUGCCAUCAUAUUUACUACUCUGAAAGUCAGCUUGGAUUAUUGAUGGCUUUUAGUGCCUUUUCUGCGAAGGGAAUUAGCCACAAAGGUAAGAAACAGGAAAAGAAUUUAUUAGUAGUGCACCUUUCAUGGACUUACACUAAACAUUGGGCACACGUCUUUAGCAGCGAUAGCUCAUUAGGUAGAGCGUGAAACUCUUAAUCUCAGGGUUUAUGGGUUUGAGCCCCACACUGGGCAAAAGAUUUCUAAUGAAUAAAUAUAGAUGCAAAUUUAGAAAUAAUGUCUAUAAUUUAAAUAGAAAUUCAGUGCACCUUACCAUAGUUGGGGAUGGGGGAGAAAUUUGAUUCAGUUCACAUUUAAAGCCAAAUUUAUCAAAUUGAGUUUUUGAUUCAAUUUUGAUGGUCUGAGAACUGAAACAUAGCCAUCCUUUGAAAAUUGCAUUUAUCCGAAUUUUGUGAUGCAGUUCUCCAACCGACCAGAGUUUUUUUAAAAAUGCCUAUAUUAGGUAAAAGUGUGCAUAAAAUGAAUAUAUGUGUGUGAAAAUAACAUACAAAAUGCAUUACGUUAGGAGAAAUUGCUUGCAAAAAAAUGUAUACAUUAGUCAAAACGGUAUACAAAAAUGUUUUCAUCAAGAGAAAUUUGCACUAAAAUAACUAAGAAUUUUCAUGAGGAUUUUUAAGAAAACAAAUAAAAUUUUCAAAUUACUGCAGAAACAUGGAGAACCAAGUUAAGAUUGGAACCCUGAGGAACUGAGAGGAUGGCAAUGGUCAGAUUCUUCCACCCUUAACCAUAAUGGAGAAGGCUUUGUGAACAGGUGAUCUGUAUACCAGCAGCUCAAGAGCUGUUGAUGGGCAGCUUCAGGGGCCCUGCUGUCCCUCCUUACAGUUCUCUUUCUUUAAACCACACUUGGACUAAACAGCCCUUUGGAGGGCACCUUCAAAUAGAGGACACCCCUCUGUAAGGUAGGACAUGCGGGCUCUCUCUUGCGCUAUCUCUGAAUCAUACCCACAGCAUGUGGCUAUUCUGGUGGUUCUGAGUCAGUGAAACAUGGGCCUCUCUAUUCUGUUUAUCGAGCAGUUCAGCGAGGCUAAUCGUUUCUUACUUCAUUACACCCCCUGCCAGGUGCCUAGUUCUAUAACUGAAGUUACCCCUGCGGUGUUAUGCCUUGCAGGGUUGGUGUCUCACCCACUGUAUAAAUGAGUUAAUCGGAUAACUAGAUCAAAUAACAUACAUUCAUACUAAUCUGAUCUCACCCAUGAAAUUCAAGAGGUCCUGCAGAUUUAUACUCUGGCUAGUAUAAAACAAAGCAAUUGCCUGUGUGGUCAGAAACAGAUAGAAAUUUUGUUUAUUUCAUUUUCUGCCAAAAACGGCAGACCAUUUUUUUUAGCUCAAUAGUAGGGAUUGAUUUAUAUAAACUCUUUGAUAAUUCAAAUAUUGUGGUUGUGUAAAAAUGUAUAUAAUGAAAGGUUGCCAAACACAGAUAGUAUGGUCAGAUGCACACUGUAUAUUUAAAUCAAAUGUAAAGCAUAUUUAUGGCACUUGGGCUUCUCCCACACUAACUUUGAACAGAUAGAGGAUAAGGCAGUGUGGGCCGCACAACUUGAUUUUCCACUAGGAAGACUGCAUGAUGUAGAGAUGUGUUUGGUCCAUACUGUAGCCUUUCCGAAUUGUGGAUUGCACUGUGGGAGGUGAAGAAAGAGCUGAAAGAUGAUGCUGAGAUUCGUGAUGGGUUAGGAGGAGAAAUGACUGUGGCCUCUCCAGUUUCAACCGAUGCAACUCUUUUUGCCCCCUGAGAAGCGCUUGAAAAAGUAUUUGAAUAAGUAGAUGCUAGGCUCUUUGGUUUCAACAAAGGAAGUGUCAGAAUAUUCCAACAGAGGAUUAUUCAGGGAUGGAAUCUUGUUUACCCAUUUUACUCAGAGCGCACAAUACACAUGCAACACAUCCAUUGCAAAAGGCAUGGGGGCAUGUCUUGAUUUCGAUGGUCUUUUCUUUUUCCAAACCUGAUUAGGGAGGUUUGUGAUACCAUGCAAAAUCAUUUUGUGUGCACACCGCAUUAUUUGAUAAUUAAGACCAAUCCAGGGGCGAGGAAAAGUUGAGGUGUGCAACAAAUAAUGCAUAGGCAGGAAAAAGUAUACGUACUGAGCAUCAGGAUCUUUGCAAGAGAGUGAAAUACCCCCCCCAAAAAAGUUAGGAUAUAACCCAUAUAAUUUGUAAAACUGGAAUCCUAUAUAUAUCAAAGGUAGAGAACUUCAGGCCACAUGCACACCAAACUGGAUGGGUCAGUUUUGAUGCAGCAACAUCUCUGACAGCUAGUGACACUAGUGAAGCCCAAGAGAGUAACAAGUGGCUUCAUGAUAUAAAGCAAACCUCCAACAAAUUGGCAUCCUUCCUCCAGAAGCUUUGGAUUACACCCCCCAUCAGUCCCAGGAAGCAUGGCCAAUGGUCUGGCAUGAUGGUGUUGUGGUCCAAAAGUUCUUGGAGGGUACCAGGUAGGGGAAGACUGACAGAAAGCCAAUUCUUCCAUCUCUCAUGAUCAGGCAGCCUCUCAUUACUUUGCAGAGAUUACAUUUCCCCCAGAUGUACAUCCUGCCCUCCUUAAAGAUCAUUUUCCUUCUUGCUUCUUUGAUACAGGCAAUGUCUUAUCAUGGGCAGACCUGCCAGCCGGAAGCCCCUCAAAUAUUCCCUGUGCUCUCUGGAUGAACUGCUGUCUCCCCGACCCCCACCUCCUGUGUAUUUUCCAUCUGCAUUGCUCACAUUUCCUGUUCUCAGCUGUCUCAGUUCUUUGCAACAUUAACAUCCACUCCCCUCCCACUCUUCCCCCGGCCCCACACAAUCCUCUUUUCAAUGUCACUAAUGUGACUGAAUUUCAGGAUGGAUUUGCUGAUUGGUUGAAAGGCAGAAAAUCCAUCAUUGUCCCCCCUAAGAGCACAGCUGAGCUUGUUUGUGAAGGGCUCUGCUCAAGGCUGGAGCUGAGUGGGCUUUGAAAGGAGCCCGGAGCAUUCAGGAACGAAGUGCAGGGCUCACAUUAGAUCCCAGCAUUUGUGCUAACAGCAAUUUGCCAGCACCACCAUUUAUUUAUUUUUUUAAAAAGUCCCCUUGCCGGUUUUCACAUAGUUCUAUCAGUAAUUCUGUUGCAAGGUGGAAUGCAGACAGAAAACGCAGUACUACAAUGAGAAUUAUAAAAAGAUCAGUUUCAUUCAUUCAUUGAUUGCAUUUAUAUCCUAUCUUUUUCUCCAAGGAGCUCAAGGUGCCAUACAUGCCUCUGCCCCUCCUCAUUUAAUUCUUACAACAAUCCUGUGAGGUAGAUUAGGCUGAGAGGCAGUGACUAGCUCAAGGUCACCCAGUGAGCUUCAUGGCUGAGUGGGGAUCUUCACUCUGGUUUCCCCAGGCCAAAUCCAGCACUCUAACCACUGGACCACACUGGCUCCUAUAUCAGUAAGAACCAGUUGGCAAAGACUCUGAGGUGUGAUAUCUACUUUAGUUAAAUGUUGCUUAACAUUCACCCUGAUGGAAAGUUCUGGUGGACUCAAAAGCUUGCUUGUCAUUUUGCAGUGUUUUGGUUGGUCAUAAUAAAGUGGCUUUAAAAAUUUUAAACACCACAAUUUAAUCCUUAGCCAUUUGUGCAAAUGUAACCUAUCCCUUCCUCUGCUUAGUUUAUUUGAUGGGUUCUGUUGCGGGGGGAAUCUUAUUUAUUCAGCAUGCAAGAGAAUGGCAGAUAUUAGCAGCAGCAGCAGCAGCACUGCUGUGAAAUACUGUAUUUUUCGCUCUAUAAGACGCACCAGACCACAAGACACACCUAGUUUUUGGAGGAGGAAAACAAGGAAAAAAAAUAUUCUGAAUCUCAGAAGCCAGAACAGCAAGAGGGAUCGCUGCACAGUGAAAGAAGCAAUCCCUCUUGCUGUUCUGGCUUCUGGGAUAGCUGCGCAGCCUGCAUUCGCUCCAUAAGAUGCACACAUAUUUCCCCUUACUUUUUAGGAGGGAAAAAGUGAGUCUUACAGAGCAAAAAAUACGGUAAGUGGUGUGCUUCAUCCCUGCCUGUCUCUGCUCCACCUCACCAAAGCUGGGCAGAUGGCAGGCAUGUGGGAUCCAAGAGUGGCUCUCUGGGUGAGGCAGAGCUGCUAGCUUAGCUUAGUGACAGAUGAGGCACUGUCGCUUACCAGAAGGAAAAGGGAGAGAGAACGAGGUGGUGAGGAUGUCAGCAUGGUUCAAACACACCAGCAGUGCCACUAGAUUGGCUCCGCCAGUGCAUUUACACUGUGCUGACCUCCUCACUGCCUUCCCUUCCUCAUCCUGAAAGAUGAAGUGACCUACCUGCUGGGAAGCUGGAAUAGCAGCUCUGCUCUACCCCAUGAGCCACUUCCAGCGGGAUCUACUUUGUUUCUAAUUGGACCCCCAAGAUUCACUGAGCAGAGCCUGGUGCAAAAGACAUACAUUUAGAAUUAAAUAAUUCUGAGUCCAGGACUUUGUUUUGAGUACUGGAACCGAACAGAGCUCACAGUCCUUCCACCCAAACACCCAUUCCAGUUUACCCCCAAUCUUUCUUCAUUUCAAGUAGUAUAAUUUCAGGUGGAGAGGGAUGAUUCUGUUGCUGUUGUUGUCAAACAAUUCAUAAACAUAAUUCCUUGCACAUCUACUGCAAAUGAUUAGAGAUUGACCAGCAGGUCCCAAUGUAACAGAAGCUCACCACUUCAAAAGGCAAUGACCUCAAGCAAAUUCCAUUGAAAUAAGUCAGACACAUUUCUAAGGAAACAAAUACAGCCCCAGCUAUAUGCUGUGUAUGAAUGCCAACUUACUUGUCUCACAGACCUAUGAGAUAAACUACCCUACCAGGCUUCUCCUGUGCUGCCUGCCAUGCCUACAUCCAUUGGUGCCAAGUUGUAUAUGUGUUUGCUGCCAUCAUAAUGGCUUCCACUGCAGCUCCCUGCCUAGGUAAUUGCAGCAAGCCAUCACUGUCAUGUGUAGGCCCCAAAAGGCAUUGAACUAAAGGCUCUGGAUAGGAAAGGGGUCAUUAUGAAGGAGGAAGGAGCAACCAUCUGCCUUUGAGCCAAAUCAUAGUCCUUUGCAAAUCCAAUUGGACAGAAUCAGUGGGAUGUGGCGAGAGAAGAACUUCUAUAGUUAGGGCAGAGGGGAUGGAGGAAAAGCAGGAGAAAAAGGCAUCAAUUCAAUAAGAUGUGGGGCAAGUAUUAACCUAUUUGGAAAGCUGUCAGGAUGUAUUGACACUUCUGGCUGGGAAAUCACAUUCCACCAGCUGUGUUUUCCCUGGACUGACGUUUGCUCUGAUUUAGCACUAAAGAGCGGGGUUUUUUUCCCUGGGAAAAGAGUGGGGUAAGGGCAAGGGUAAAACUAGUGCCUCUGAACUUCAUUUGCUGGGGAACAUGAGUGUGGAGAGUGCUGAUGUGUUCAGGUGCUGCUUGUGGGCUUCUAAUAUGUAUCUGGUUGGCUGCUGUGAGAACAGGAUACUGAGUUAGAUGGGUCUUUGGCCUGAUCCAACAGAGCAUUUAUGUUCUUUGAUAUGCAGGGAAAGGAACCGUAUAGCAUAAUGGAGUAAGUAGGUUCAUCCCUGAAGUCCCUAAUUGAAAGCUUUCCUGGGCACAUAAGAAGGCCUUAAGGUUAGCCUCCAUGGGCAACAGAGUUGGAGAAAGAUAAUGUGAUAUAGUAGAGUUCUGAAUUCAAAUCACUGCUCGGCCACUCACUCUCUUCUAGUCUAACCUCUGUCACAGGAUUGUUGUGGCAACAACACAGGAGCACUUUGUUCCUCCAUGAAAAUGCUAUUUUCUAUGGUCUUGAGACUUCCAGCAGAUCCCUCAUGGGGUAGUUACAUGUCAGAUUGAUUUGCUAUAGUGCUGCCCAAUGCCCACGCGUCUGACCAGACAGUGCUUUGUAAUAAGUGGGUGCGGCUAUUAGUGAUGCAUUGUGCUGAUUGAUGUGCUGUGCUGAUUAAUGGAAGCCCUUUGCUGUAGGAACAGAUGGAAGCUGAGCAGGAAGUGAUAGGAAGGAAUUUCUCUGACAAACAAAUCCAAAUGUUCCCUCUUCUAAAGGAUUAUUGGUGAUCUGAUCCAUCACAGUCUAAGAUCCCAAAAGAAAAACUGGAUCUUGAUGUCUCUCCUCUGGUUCUGGAUGAACGUGCUGACAGUUUUCAAAUACUUAAAAAGACAAAAGGGUGGAAUCUACACACAUGUAAAAAACGCUGUGAAAAUGCUUUUUUUUAAAAAAAGUUUUGAAAAAUACAUUGAAUUUGGCAAAGCUCACUGUUGCCAUCUAGUGUCACAUUUGUAUGUUGCACUUUACAGCACAUUUAAAACGUUUAUUUGAAGCUGUAUAGCUGAGUCCAAGAAAACAAGCUGUUUACCUCAUUCACUGAGUUUUGACAAGUUCAGAACCAGCAUAGCACAGGGUUUAAGAAUAUUGGAUAGUAUUCCGCAACAUGUGCUUGACACAAUAAUAGUGUACUGGGCGGUGGAUUUAUUCUCCUUUAUUAACAGUCCUUCUGAUUCUUCUUAAUGCUACCAGUUACGCUGUUCAGAUGGACUAUACUGCAGCAAAAGCAAGCCAUGAAAACCAGAGCAUUUGUUCUUGGGAUGGGGUAGGGUUGUGCUGCUUUAGUUGUGCUAUAGUCCCUAUAGCAAUAAUGUGGUGGAUUUGAAGAAGCAUCACAGAACAAACCAAAGCUAGGCUGAGGGGAGCUGACUGGCCCAAAACCACCCAGUGAGCUUCAUGGCUGAGUGGGGAUCUGAACCAUAGUCUCCCAGGGCCUAAUUCGGCACUCUUAAUGGCUAUACCACACUGGCUCUCAUAUAGCUCGUAUGGCUCUCGUACAGCUACUCCCAUGGCAUCAAGAGCACAAAUCCUCAUGACUGUGCAAUGAAAAGGAAGACUGAAGGGCAUCUUUAGUUACAAGCUGAAUUACAGUGGAGCAAGGGAAUGGCAGUGUUGUGCCAAAUGCUUUAGAGGAAUUGUGAGCUUUGGGGAAGGAUUUAAAGAAAGGGAAAGAGCAUCACAGAGGUGUUCAGGGAUGCUAUAUCAUGGGGGCAGCAAGGGAGAAAGUGCAAAGUCUUUGGAGGGAGCAAGAAACCUCCUAAGAUGGCAAGGGAUGGAAGAGCUGGAGGAACAAAGAUCUCAGACAGGGAUGUAUUUGAAUAUAAAUGAACCAUGCCACCUAUCUCCCACUGCUGUGGUCAGGGGGAAUAUGGAAAGGGGCAGUUGUCUGAGCUGUGACAGGCACACACAGAAACUCACACAAUUAUCUACUUUUCCUUACAGUAUUCCUGACCGGUGCUUAGCACAUGCAGCACAAGGCUUAGGGCAGCGGUCAGCAAAGUUUUUGUGGCUUGGGCCGGUUCACGAUCCCGCAAACACCAUGGUGGGCCGGAGUGCACGCGCACACAUGUGCAAACGCCAUUUCCGGCACUCCUUCUGGCGCGGGGAACGCAUGCGGAGCUUCCUGCAGCCAAUGGGAAGCCAGCCAGUGUUGUGGAAGGCGGUCCCCGCUCUGCUCUGCACUGGUUUAGCGCGGCACACGGGAGCCAACAGAGUGGGUGGCGGGGGUCCAUGGGCUGGUUAAAUUUUCCCCAUGGGCCACUUCCCCUGGCUUAGGGCCUCCUUCGCUCACCUGGUGCCCCCCCAGCUAGCUCAGGCUGAUGGGAGUUGGCAUCUAAAACAUCUGCAGGGCACCAGGUUGGCAUAAGACAAGCCACGCUUGUUUUCUUUGCCCGCAUGUGAGGGGAAGUAGGUUAACCGUAAUCAAAGAGAACAGGCUACUCCUUGCCUGGGGCACCCCGUAGGGUGAGAGAACUCAACUCAGCUGUCUUGCAAGGUGUUUAUUUCUAUAGUAAAAGUGAGGAAGGCCCAGUGGGAAUGCAGUUGAGAAGGCACUAUGUGUAGGAGGCAGAAUAAAGGGAAAUGGCCGUGAUGAAUUGGGAUGACGGUUCAUGCAAGGGUUCCCUUCUCACCCUUCCUCCAGGCCAUCUGAGUUCCUCGUGAUUCCAUCAGUGUUUGGCCUGAAUGAAUUUUCCCUUUCUUUGGCAGGCCUUUGCACUGAAGCCAAGUGAAGAACCUUAUGAUUGCACUAUCUACGUAACUCAACUCAGAUAAGACUCCGCUUAGGAAAACAAGCAGCUCCCGCCCUUGGCAAGGAAUCCGUCCACCCAACACUCCCCAACUCGUGCUCCUGCCUCCACACCAGCUUCCACACACUCAAGCCAGCGUCUACAAACUCAUCCCCGCCUUUCGUUCCCAAGUCCACCUCCGAAAUAAUUCUCCAGCCAUGUUCCAGCGCCUCACCAGCCUCUUCUUCAGUGACAGCAGCGCACCUGAGGACCUUGAGGAACCUAAGCCGUUUGUCUCUAAAGAGGAAGAAGAAGAUGGGUGGCUCAUUAUUGAUCUUCCAGGUGAGAAAUAUGAGAGGGAAUGAUCAGGGUCAACCUAGAACGAGUGCUGGGGCAGGGCACCUCUGGCCCUCCAGAUGUUGCUGAACUUCAACUACCAUCAUCCCUGGCUGUUGGCCAUGCUUGCUGGGGCUGAUGAGAGUUAUAGUUCAGCAACAUCUAGAGCAGGGUUUCCCCAACCUUGGGUCUCCAGCUGUUUUGGGACUACAAUUCCCAUCAUCCCUGGCCACUUUGUCCUGCUAGCUAGGGAAGAUGGGGGUUGUAGUCCAAAAACAACUGGAGACCCUGAUCUAGAGGGCCAAUGGUUCCCUAUCCCUGACUUAAGAGCCAUAACUCUCAAACUGGAGAAUUGAGGAGUUGUGGUUUGUUGCUACUAGAUAAUAGAGCUCCUUCCUGAGGGUUAGCAGCACAGCUUUCUUCAACGAUAAGCAGUUGUUUCUGUGGGAAGAGUAGUGUCAGUGUGUGGAGGAUCUGAAGCUCAGUCUGGACAAGAUUUGCCUGUGGGGCAGCACUGUCCAGGAAGGGGUAGAAAGAGGCCACCAGUCCUGAGCAGGAGGUGUGGGGAGCCUCCAGGCCCCUAUUGGCAGGCGCCAUGAGGGAGCCAUGGAAAGAGGUUGUGGCUGGGGUCAGUACCAUUUAGGUGUGUGGUUGCUUAGUGGCUAGAGUCCUCUCCAAACAAGUUUUUAAGUCUGUCCCAGCCUCCCUCUUUGCAGCUUACCAUUUGUGUUUGCAUUUUUCCAAUCCUCUCCCACGAAAUAAUACUGAGUGGUAUUCAACUAUGUUUUACUCAGAGUAGACCCACUGAAAUUAAUGGGCCAAGCUUAGUCAUGUUCAUUACUUUAAAUGGGUGUACUCUGAGUAAAGCUUAGCUGACUGCCACCCCUAACUUGUACUCUGUCUUCUUCCUUCCCUUGUUUCGUAUUGUCUCACACCCACAUAGUCUCUGCUUCUUCAAACCUUCAACGCUGAGUACUAAAACUAGAACUCAGCUGCAAGCUGAGCUACCCUUGGCCUUGGUAGUGUUUCCCAAAAUUCAGAUCAGUUUAAGAGGUUGCAAAAGGCAGUUUAAGAGGUUCCACAAAAGGCAGAACUCUCUAAGUAGUUUUGGUUCUCUAGGUUUUGGAAUGAAAGGUGUUACUGUGCCCUCCGCGGAUCAGGGGAUAGAUGAAAAAUUUCUAAACACACACACACACACACACACACACACAUAUGAGAUGAGCAGGUCAUGCGGCUAACUACAGCUGGAGACCGAAUUCUGGACUGCAUGGACAGCAAGGUGAAUGUAUGCUCAUUUUGGCUACACUACCUAGGGUGGAAGAUGCUUCUGUUCUGCCUGGAAGUCACAGCUACCUGCAGAUGCCGGAGUGUCUCACAAACCUGGUUCUGAAUAAGGCACUCAGGUGUAUAGUGCCACUUUUCAACCAAGCUAGAACUCUUGUAGUUCUAUGAGUCAGUUAACUUGUCAGUUGCCUGUCUUUUCCUGCUCUGGUGAUGCAGCAGCCCAGCUGCCUGUCUCCUUCUCCAGCUAUCCUGGACUUAUUGGUUGCAUGAUACAGCAGCAAACAAGGGAAGGAAAGCAGGCAUCUGGGCAGCUGCUUUUCCCUUGGGCUCAUCUUAUGCAACAAACACAAAACUCCCUAGCUGGCUAUUCCUGACUUAUCCUGUUCCCAACUUAGCAUGUAUUUCUCUCUCAGUGCUGAGCCCGUUCUAUAUGCCUAAAAUGGAAGCAGAGAAAGAAUGAGUUAAGGGUUGGCAGCCAAGUGCAGCCAGCAGAUUAGCUCUGCCUUUUGCAGGCAGAUCCAGGCUCCAGGGUGGAUCUCAGCUGGUGAGUGAGCUACCUCCUUGCUCAUCACAGAACAGUUGUGAUAGAGGCUAUCCUUGCCAUUAGGGAGCCUUGGCUUUAGGCUGGCUAUAAUUUUGCUCUGAUCUUGUGUUCAGGAUUCAGUUGUGCCAUUGUUCCUAAUCCAUACUUUAAUUCCCAAUCCUGGCAAUAGCAGCACUUGCAAGAGCUUCAUACAUCAAAUGCCCUGUCCUUCCAAUGAAUGGGCUGGCACCAAUGAAUGAAUGCACCAGGCUGAUUUCAUACAAUUUGAAAGCAUCACAUCGUCUUUCUUGAAGUCAAACUGCAGUCAGCAUUUUUAUUUUUGAGCAUCCGCUUUAUGCUAAAAAAGCCACAAGUACUUGUUAUUUGGUGAUGGAAUAGCUGGAGACAUCUUUUUCCUAGCGGCUGACAGUAUUUCGCUCUCUCCGUCCUUCCUUCUUUUUGAGUGAUGAGGUCUAUUUAUAAGCAUCAUCUAGCUUGAUUGAAUGCAGCCUGGCUGUAGUUCUUUAUUGAUUCCUUAAUACAGUGGAACCUUGGGUUACCUACUGUCCUCCUUACAAACGCUUCAGAUAAUGAGCUCCGCUAACCUGGAAGUAGAUGCUCCUGGUUGCGAACUUUGCCCCGGGAUGUGAGCGGAAGUCGUGUGUCAGUGGCACGGCAGCAGUGGGAGGCCCCAUUAGCAAAAGCGUGCCUCGUGUUAAGAACGGUUUCGGGUUAAGAACGGACCUCUGGAACGAAUUAAGUUUGUAACCGGAGGUCCCACUGUAUAUAAACAAAAUACACAGAAGUGUCAAACUUCCAGACAUGAAACCUGAUUCUACAUCUACAGCAUACUAAGUGAAAGUUGAUCCAUUUGGGCAAAUGAAGCACUGCCCCACCAACCCAGUGGCAGAGGAACCCUCUCUGGCACCCGGGGCAGGGCUGCCCGUAUGGAGUGCGCAUGUGUGGCAUUCCGUGUGUGCACAGUCCGUACGGAAUGCUGCACAUGCACACUCCGUAUGGGCUGCUGCUUGCAUGGUAUCCAUAUGGGCUGCUGCUCAUGUGCGGCAUCCCACACGGACUGUGCAUGUGCAGCAUCAAUACGAAUUGUGCACACCCUCAGCUGCUCUACAGCUGGGGGGAGGCAGGGGCCAUCUUGUCACCCCCCGAGUGGCACAUGGGGUGGCCCACCCGUCUGCCCCCCUCCUCCGCCCCUGCACCAACCUCAAUCUGCCCUCAGACAGCCCCACCUGCCUAACUUCUUGCUUACAACCAGUCCAAGGGACAGCACUGCCUGUACAGUGGUGCCUCGCAAGACGAAAUUAAUUCGUUCCGCGAAUUUUUUCGUCUAGCGAAUUUUUCGUCUUGCGAAGCACGAAAUACCAUAGGAAUGCAUUGAAAUUCAAUUAAUGCAUUCCUAUGGUCAAAAAAAGUCCAAACAAAGCCAAAUUUGGUACAACAAGAGUUUAUUAAGUGCUCUUUAAAGUCACACAUACUGUAAAGAGCAUUUCAAAAACUGAAGGAACAAUAAAUUAAGUUUCUAAACAUGACAGAAAAACAUUUUAAAAUCAACAAAGUGUACAGUACAUUUUCUAAGACUCUGGGGACAACUCGAAGAAGGUUCCUCUUCCACUCUUUGCUUCUUGCUGAAGAACCUGUCCAUGGUCUGCUGCUUCAUCCGCCUUUUCAGCACCUCCCUGAAAGGCGACAUGACCCUCGUAUCAAAAGUGUUCGCAAGGUCAUGUGCCACAUGCUUGUCAGGGUGGUGCCGCUGUGCAAAAGCCUGCACAUCCUUCCACUUUGGGCAAAUGUCCCUCAGUUCUUUGGAGGACAGCCGUUCCUCAGUUGCUUCCUCCUCUUCCAGCGAGGCCUGCUCCUGCGCAGCCUCUGCCUGCAGUUCGACCAGCUCCUGGGUGGUCAGCUCGUGGUCGUGCUCCUCCACCAGCUCGCUGAUGUCCUCCUCUGUGACCUCCAGGCCCAUGGUCCUCCCCAAGGCAACAAUGUCCUGCACCACUGUUGACUCUGAUGCACCAGAGUCACUUGGUGCCACACAGUCCGGCCACAGGCUGCGCCAAGCGCAAUUCAAAUUUCUCUGGCUGAUCCCGUUCCAGGCCGUGGUAAUCAUCUUCAAGCAGGUGACGAUGUCGAAGUGGUCCUUCCAGAAUUCCCGCAGGGUGAUUGUGGUGCAAUCAGUCACCUCGAAGCAUCGCCUGAAAAGCUCCUUGGUGUAGAGUUUUUUGAAAUUGGCGAUGACCUGCUGAUCCAUCGGCUGGAGCAGUGGCGUGGUGUUAGGCGGCAAGAACAUGAUGCUGAUGAAGCUGAACUCCUCCAACAAGUCCUCCUCAAGGCCUUUAGGAUGAGCAGGAGCAUUGUCCAUCAGAAGCAAAGCCUUCAGUGGCAGGUCGUUGUCCAGCAGGUACUGUUUGACAGCAGGGCCAAAAGCAAGAUUGACCCAGUCCACAAACAGCACACGUGUGACCCAAGCCUUACUGUUGGAUCGCCACAUGACACUCAGCUGCUCCUUGUCGACCUUGUGUUUCUUGAAGGCCCAUGGGUUCUCCGAGUGGUACACCAGCAGGGGCUUGAUCUUCAGGUCGCCGCUUGCAUUGGCACAGAAGAGCAGGGUCAGACGGUCCUUCAUGGGCUUGUGGCCAGGCAACUUGGCCUCCUCCUGUGUGAUGAAAGUCCUUUUGGGCAUCCUCUUCCAAAACAGCCUGGUCUCGUCGCAGUUGAAGACCUGCUGUGGAACGUAGCCCUCCGUCUUCACAACCUCCAGGAACUCCGCUGCAAAGUCUUCAGCCACAGAAACAUCAGAACUGGCAGCCUCUCCAUGCCUGACCACGCUGUGGAUUCCAGAUCUUGUCUUGAACCGGUCAAACCAGCCUCUGCUUGCCUUGAAGACUUCUGGCUCGCCUGAGGUUCCUGGCUGUUCCCGGACGAGGUCUGCGUGCAAGGCCUUGGCCUUCUCACAAAUGACGGCCUCAGUCACUGUGUCCCCUGCACGCUGCUUCUCUUCUAACCAGAUGAGCAGCAACUUCUCCACCUCCUCCAGAACAGCUGGGCGGUUCUUCACGAUCCUGGUGACUCCCUUGGCUGCAUCAGUCACAAGGAUCUUCUCCCUCAUCUUCAGGAUGGUCCCGAUGGUCGAUGGAUUCCUCCCGUACUCCCUGGCGAGGUCUGUCACACGCAUUCCACCGUCGUGCUUCCGGAUGAUCUCCUUCUUCAUUUCCAGCGUAACCUUCUCCUUCUUCCCCUCGCCAGCCUCUGCAGCAGCAGUCUUCUUGGGUCCUAUGGCAGCACAGCUCCUACCUGCGCAAACCCAAAAAAACAAAACAAAACAAAACAGUGCUUCACAUCCAAAAAAUUCAAAAGCACCCAGCCACCCACCACACAGAAAUUCAAACCCAGAAUUUUUUUUUAAAAUAACAGCAGAGUGGCCCAAUGGUCACAGAAAAUCAUAAAAAUGCAGGGGGAAAAAACACACAAGCUUCCAGAUUCUUGCAAACCCCUCCCCAACUGUUCCCCCAGCCACCCACCACACAGAAAUUCAAAUCCAGAACUUUUUUAAAAAAAACAGCAGAGUGGCCCAAUGGUCACAAAAAAUUCAUAAAAAUGCAGGGGGAAAAACACACGCGCUUCCAGAUUCUUGCAAACCCCUCCCCAACACCAAGUCCUUGAAUUCCAAACACCCCAACCCAAAAUCCAAAAACCCCCAAAAAAGUUUUAAAAGUUUAACUUACCAAAUGGCUGCAAAAGAAGUUUUGGAAAAGCUUCAAAAUCACCAAAGUCUUCAAAAACCUCAAAAAGGCUACCACACCGCGUGCUAUGAGUUGCUCCUCGAAGUCAAGUCGCAACUGCACCUCUUCAAGCAAUGCACCCUGGGUAUUAACGGUUUUAUGAAAAAGGAAACAAACUUGCAAGACGUUUUCGUCUUGCGAAGCAAGCCCAUAGGGAAAUUCGUCUUGCGAAGCACCUCAAAAAACAAAAAACCCUUUCGUCUAGCGAGUUUUUCGUCUUGCGAGGCAUUCGUCUUGUGGGGCACCACUGUAUCUCCUUCUCCUUAGUCUCAAGUGUUGCCCUUGUAGAAUUCAGCAGGAACGAGGAUAGGGGGAAAAGAAGAAUUAUUUGGCGGUGCCUGUUAUUGGCUCUGGCUCUCCCUAGCAUUUAUCUCCCUGCUUUCUGCCCUAUCAGCCUUCUUCGUGGUCUCCAGCUUUGUGUUACCAGCUUUUGAAUCCAUCUCUGUGGCUGUUCCUUUAAAACUGGAUUGAUCUGGAGCAGCUAGCAGGUGAUCAUGUUUAGCUUUAGCUGCUGGUUUUUGCAUAGGUGUCAUAGAAAACAGCUUUUUCUGAAAGCAAUUCUUUCCAAUACUUCUCUAGGAGAACUUUGUGCUUUCUUUCUUUUUUUAAAAAACGAUUGGCUUAAUAUUGUUGAUAAAUGACAUGACAUACCACUUUUAAAGAAACAGUGCUAAUCAAGGUCUCCUUUACCAAAUCCAAAGAAGUUUAUUCAAAACCUACUCCCAAGUAUGUGUGCUUAAGGCUACAUCCUUCAUUUUGAAGGUCUUCGUGGCUGCCUAGCUGCUAGUUUCUCAGGCAAGUGAAAGCUCCUCCAUCUUAGUCACUGAUUUUUGCCUUUGCCAUUUUGCUGAGCGGAAGUCAGAUGACUCAGCACCCAGUGGCAACCAAUCUAUGACCCUUUUUGCUUGCAAAUUUAGCAGAGAGAACCCAAGUAAACAAUGCUCUGCGUCGUCGCACAGAUCCACCCUUUUCUGUUCCUGCUGACAAUCCAUUGCCAUGUGGGGGGAAAAACAUCCACCAGGCUCAUGCUUGUGUUACAGAUAUUUUUAGAUAGCCUAAGAGGGAGCUAAGAAUAAAGCUACCUAUCAGUUGGAAAGCAAGCCCUGUUUGUUAUGUCCUCAAAAUGCUUUUUGCCUGGCGUUUGGAGAUUGCCUGAGGGUCCCUGCAGACUGAGGUGUUUUGUUUUGUUUUGUUUUACAGGUGUACUUUCAAUAUGUCACCGACACAAUAAUAGUGCAUUAGUGGUGGAUUGACUUGACUACCCGCACAUCGCUUGAUUUACCAGUUGUUCUGUGAUGUUUUCCCCAGUGUUGCUGCAUUAUAGCCAAAUCAAAGGGCACUCUUGUGUAACAAAAGUGAGACAAAAAAUCCCAGUGAUUAAACCUGGCAGGUGCUCUUCCACUGAGCUAUGGUCAUCCCCCAAUGUGUGAAUGCUGAGUUAUGGGGCAGGAAGAGCAUUUCUCGUCUCCUAGUUCACUGCACAGCAAUAAUGAACAUGUGGACAUAAAUCUGACUGCAUUCAGUUAGGAUUACUCUCUGAGUGGGUUUAACAUUCUAUCCUUGAUAAUCUGAAAAGGCCUCGCUGGGUCUCCUCCUUUCUCAAAGCUUUACAGUGAUCAGAAACUCAGCUUCUGUUUUUGCUCAUCCUGCUCCCUCUCUCAGCUUCCACAGCCCAGACUAAUAACAAAACAAGGCUGUCCCAAGACAUUUGCUCCACACCAAGAAAAACACAAUUACCUUGGAAAACCACAUCUAGCAAUACUGCCGGGCAACAGAUGCCGCAACACUGAUUUCAGCUUCACUUCCUGUCCUCACCUUUACUGUACGCAGUGCAACUUGUUGCACACAGAAAGGGAACAAAAGAGGCUUGCCAUAUCUGAGUGAGAAAUACAGUGGUACCUCGCAAGACGAAUGCCUCGCAAGACGAAAAACUCGCUAGACGAAAGGGGUUUUUGUUUUUUGAGCUGCUUCGCAAGACGAUUUUCCCUAUGGGCUUGCUUCGCAAGAUGGAAACGUCUUGCAAGUUUGUUUCCUUUUUCUUAACACCGUUAAUACAGUUGCGACUUGACUUCGAGGAGCAACUCAUAGAACGCGGUGUGGUAGCCUUUUUUGAGGUUUUUAAAGACUUUGGUGAUUUUUGAAGCUUUUCCAAAACUUUCCCGACACCGUGCUUCGCAAGACGAAAAAAACCGCAAGACGACAAAACUCGCGGAACGAAUUAAUUUCGUCUUGCGAGGCACCACUGUACAUCUGGUGUAUUCAUUCGUUGCACGCUUUGAAAUACAAAGAGGCUUAGUACAGAGAAGGAAGGCCUGGCUAGGUGCACAGGAGAAGGUGGAGAAACAGUGAAAGCUAGCCAUGAUGGCUGGGGUUGAUGGGAGUUGGAGUCCCAGCUACAUUUGAAGUGCCUUAGGUUUCCUUUAUCUGAUCUAGAGCCAUAGGAGCCAACUCUUAGGGACCGUGGGAGCUUUGGCCCCCACAAUAAAAUAUUUGUGGGGGGCAGGCCCCCACAAAGUUGAUGGGCAUUCGCAUUCAAACGGGGUGUGUGCACUGCAUCAUGUGAUUGAUUAUGUGGGAUGGGGCUUACCUGGACCCCCCACAAUAUUUUAUUCAAGUUGACACCCCUGUCUAAAGCACAGCUUAAUUUGAAGCAGAGUUUGGCCUGGUUUUAGAAAUAAGCAGGCCUCUGGGAGGAGAAGCAACAUGUUGUCAUUGCCUUAUAACACAAGUUAAUGACAGUCAGUCUGUGCACAUCAGGGAUUAGGAGAGAGAGGAAAAAAACUUCUGAGGUAGAGGAUGCAGCUUCUAGCCUUGACUGGUAUUCCGCACUUCUCUAAAAUGGAAGAAAGGAAUAGGGCCGGGCCUGCCAUUAGACAUAGCGAAGGGGACGCCUCAGGCAGUAGAUGCUGGGGUGGUGGCCAGCGGUAAGAGGGCAGAGCUGUAUGUGCCACCCCAUGCAGCCCACCCCCUAACUAGUCUGCUGCUCUCAGGUGCGGUGAAGGAUGCUGUCCCAUUGCCAGAGUCUUGAUGCCGAAAUCAGAGCCUUAAUUCAAGAUCUCUCCGUGAGCACUUAAGCAUGGCUGCCAUUUCCUCCAACUUCUUAACUGCUAUGCUAUACAGUGGUACCUCGGGUUACAGACGCUUCAGGUUACUGACUCUGCUAACCCAGAAACAGUACAUCAGGUUAAGAACUUUGCUUCAGGAUGAGAACAGAAAUUGCGCUGCGUCGGCAGCGGGAAGCCUCAUUAGCUAAAGUGGUAUCUCAGGUUAAGAACAGUUUCAGGUUAAGAACAGACCUCCAGAACGAAUUAAGUUCUUAACCCGAGGUACCACUGUAUUCUUCCAAUUAGCCCAUGUUGUUGACAAUGAUGUUGUUAGCAAAAGAUAGCAUGACAAGCAGGAUUAGUGAGAUUGAUGAGCACAUCAGGAAAAUGCUUGAAGCAAAACAGUUUCCUUAAUUUGUCUAGGCUAGGGGCGCAUUUUGAAACUUUUAACACAACAACCCCAUUUUUUUCUUUUCCCCUUUGUUUCGAAAAUCUAAAAAUGCUUCAGUUCAAGGGGUGGCGGACCUGUGGUCCAGCAGAUGCUGUUAGGCUCCAGCUCCUGUCAGUCCCAGGCAGUACAGUGAAUGGUUAGGGAUAAUGGGAGUUGUAGUCCAGCAACAUCUAAAAGGCUGCAGAUUCUCCACUGCUGCUUUAAUAACAGCAUGCUUGUUGGUAUUUUGAUCUCUGUGUUCAUUCAGCUACACACCCUGCCAAGAAGUGAUGCUGUUUACAUUUUCUUUUCUUUUUUAAGAUCCUGCAUUCCUCCUGUCAGUCAGGGCUAAUUAUUGCCACCUUCUUCCUGGUACUGGAAUUGCACAAACCCUAACCAAGGCCCCUGCUGAACUUCCACCUUCCACUGAAUUAUAUCUUUGGUGAUGAGCUAAUACUGUCUAGAUUGAGUAACAUCCUAUGAGACACAGGGCCAGUCGGCUGGACCAAUGAGAUGCAGCCGUGUUGCCAAAUGUUUGAGAAUUCUUGCACAUAUGCAUGAAUAAGGGGCAUCCAUAAGAGGAAUGAGACACUUUGCAUUCUCGUACUGAAAUAUACAAGAUUUUCUCACAACAAGCUACCCCCAACUUGGCAACACUGCAAAACUGUGCGCGUGCGCCAGGGUUUUAAAAACUAUUAAAACUAUUUUUUCCCAUGGUCAGUCCUCAAUUAACCUUCUACAAUGGAUCUCCCAAGUAACCUUUAACUUUAAAGUAGCUGCGUGGGAGCUCUGAUUUUGAUCAGAGGAGUUGCUCUGUUAAUUGACCUCUCUAGAGGGCCAAAUAGAAGCUGGAUAGAGGGACACUGUGUUUUUCUCUUAGCAGAGCUAAUAGCAGCUUGGGGGUGAUUUAGAACAGGGAAACUGCACAGGGAAAGGGUUAAACACAUGUUCCUCCAGUGCAACAGCUAAUCUAAACUGGAUGGACCUACAACAUCGUUCAAGUAGCACCCCCACCCCCCAAAAAAAGUUUGGACAUCCACUCACAGAUCCGCCAUAUGAUGUCAUUUUGGCCCUCUAACCCAUUUUGCAGCCCUCAGGCAGUACCUUCCCACAUAGCUAAUAAUAGUGCCAGAUCCAGUAUCAGAGGAAAUGAUACCCAGUGUGGGGAGGCUAACUCAGGUCUGUCACAAACACUUUGCAGGCAUGCCUUUUGACAUUUUGGUCAUAUUUUGUGAGAUGACCUAGGAUAGCCAGAGUAACUCACACUGGCAGAAAGAGAGAGAGAGAGAGAGAGAGAGAGAGAGAGAGAGGUCACAGUGCACCAGGAGCUUGUAUACGGAAGUCAUAUCUACCAAUACAUUCAAAAGACUCCCACCCCCAAAUAAUAAUAAUAAUUCAUGGGAGUCUUAGUUUGUUAAGGGUGUCAAGAUUUAUUAGGAGACAACUCAAGGAGCUACAAUUCCCAGCACCCUUAACAAGCUGGAGCUCCCAGGAUUCUUUAAGAGGAAGCCAUGCCUGUUAAACUGACAUAAGAGUGCUUUAAAUGUAUGGUAUGGUUGUGACCUAAGGCCCACUAAAAUGAAUGUUACUUGCAUAUUUUGCCAUAUUUUGAAGAGCAAAAAAGAGGACACAUUUGCCGGCUUCUACUUUUAACUAUGGAUCGCUGUGACUCUCAUUUUACAUACCCAUGAAAAAGAGGACGUGUCCUGGAAAAAGAGAACAUAUGGCAAUCUUAAUUUGCACAGGAGCACACAUUAAUCUAUGUAUGUGAUACACAUUAUCAUCAAUGUAAACUUUGAUGGAUAAUGUAAGUUAACACAUGGGUCCCUGCUUGGUUUAUGUUUCAAGCAGAGGAGGCAAUAGAGAAAAGAAGAGGCAAGGGUAAUGGAAGAUGAGUAUGUGCAAAUAUGUUUCUGUGUGCUGAUACAGGUUGCAUGAAUGCAGCACUUGUGCGAAGGAAAUGUCCCACCUUUCCCCCCUGCAUGCCCUGUGAAGCAUCUCCUAAGGAUCAGGGUACCCCCAGGGAAGGCCUGGGAUGUGGAGUAGGGGAUUACAGUCUGCAUGGGAGAAUCGGAUGCUGAUAGCUUGUGCUUACUGCUCUGCCAACUUGAUGGACCUUCAUGGUAUUCUAUGGCUCAUCACUGGUCUAUGAGCUUCUCUGUGGCUAUUUUUCAAAGCCAGUUUCUCGUAAGCUAGUGGGAAGUUGCAGAACAUGUUCUCCGCACUCUCUGAAGGUUGUGCAUUUGCAGAACAGGUUACAACAGUGUCCGGGUUACAACAUCCAGAGUGUGACACUGCUGAUGUCUUCUUGUCUAGGCUGCUGCUUCAUAUUACAGCCCCUAGUGGUUAGCCCGUUGCCAAGUUUCCUGAGUAUGCCGAUGUCCCCUUAAUUAUGACAGUGGGAAGCAAUGAUUUGUUGUGCCCCUCGUGAACUAGUGAGUUCUCUCCAUAGUGACUGGCCGUUGCUCUGCGUUCCAACUCUACCGAUUUUGGCACCCAGACCUGCUUUGCUUUUCCUCCUUUACCUGGAGGUUAGAGAUAAGUUUUUCUCGCUUUCCCAUAAUAUGAGAACCCAGGGUCAUCCAAUGAAGCAGAAAGUUGGAAGAUUUAGGAUAGACAAAAGGAAGUCCUGGUGGAUAAUUGUGCUCACUCAAGUGGGUAAUAUUGGUGUUAAAAUUGUGUGUGUGCGCGCGCGUGUGUGUGUCUAUAUAUGUGUAUGUCAGUGGGACUUGGUGGCACAGCACUGUGUGUAGAGUUGUUGUCUUAAUGUCAAAUGGAGCCUUUCUGUUUUCCCUCUGCCCAGUCACUGUGUCUGGAUUUGGAUCUGUUGGGAUAGAUUGGAAAGGGAGAUGAACUGGUGAGGUCUCUUUCUUCUAUCCUUCUCCACUAGGGAUGCCAUCUGUACCAGCCUGCCUGUUUCUUGUACCUUAUUUAUUGUUUUGCCAUCCAUUUCAUUCUUCUAUUACUUCUUUUCUUUCUUCUUUUGAACCAGUAAUUCCUUUUAAAAAUGCAUACAUUUAAAUAUAUUAGCACCUGUGGGUAUGAUAUGUCUGGUUUCCACCAUCUUGGGAGAGCUAGGCACUCUUACUAUUUGGCAACGCUCUUUGUCGCUCCACGUUCCUCUGGCGCUCCCACCAUGGGAGGACUUCCUUGCUUUGCUUGUGGGUCGUCACUCUUGUUGAUUCCCCCUCCUUCAACCAGCAUGGUGGCUCACACUUUUGCAAGGCUGGACUGUGUGUACAAGCAACCCAAGGCGUCUCUUGGGGGCUGCCAUGUUUUUAGGGGCAUUGACGGGGCAACAGACACUCUGAGAGGAGCACCUCCAGGUUCCCUGCCGUUGUUGCAAAGGAUGCUGGGAAACUAAUCUCAGAUGGGGUGCAGCUGCAGUUGCAAGUGCUGCUGGGGCUCACCGCUUGGGUGGCAAGGCGCAGCUACCUCGGGUGGCAAAACAUCUUGAGCCAGCCCUGACUCCUCAGGGAAGGUUUUGGGAUGAAUUACAAAAAUGCCUUUGGGGUGUCAUUUGUACUAAUAAUGCCCCCUUUCUCUUCUCCCUCCCUCACCCCCUUCCUUCCCAUCCAUUGUAUAUUGAAUGUGUGUGCCACCUCUCCCCUCUUAAUCCUCUCCCCACCCCUGCACUGCCUUGCACAACCCUUGCAUGGCUUUGAACAACGGUAACUACCUUUUUUUUUUGCUUUGGUUUUGAAUUUUUUUUAAUAUUAUUAUUUUUGCUGUCGUUGCUCUUGUUCUGGCUGUCCUCCCAUUUUUGUGUGGGUGGUGACUCUUGUUGUCUCUCAUUAGAUAGUUACGCUUCAGCCUCCAGUAAGGAGCGGCGGGUAGGUGAGAAGGAUUCUGUUUGUGCUUCUCGUUGCCGCCGUGGGUCCCCUCCACCUACCACGUCUUCGCCCCACUCCCUCAGUGACUGUGUCAGCAGGUCCAUGCCCUCUCAGCCUGACCCCUGCUUGAUGGACGAGAGUUGGUUUGUUACCCCUCCCCCCUGUUUUACUGCAGAAGGUCCUGACCCCGUCAGCAUGGAGAGCAACCCCAUGGAGGACCUUUUGAUUGAACAUCCCAGUAUGUCCGUCUAUGUCACCAGCAGCAGCAUCAUUGUGGAAAGGGAGAAUCCUGAGGAGCACGUCCCUGAAGGGUAAGCUCAGAUCUUUCAGGGAAAUGAGCCAAGACAUUGGCUACUAAGAACAACCUCACCCACUAUCAGAUUUCAUUACCAUAAUAAUAAUAAAAUUAAUUUAGGCAAAUGAGUCUUGACUAACGAUCUGGGACCAUUUUAAAAUUAAUUCAUUAACUGAUGAAGAGCAUAUGCAAAUAGUGUCCAAAGUGACAAUUGCCACAAUCUUUAGAAAUAUAGAUGUCUAUGAAAUUAAGUAUUGUGCGGGUGGUGCUGUGGUCUAAACCACUUAGCCUCUUGGGCUUGCUGAUCAGAAGGUUAGUGGUUCGAAUCCGCGUGACGGGGUGAGCUCCUGUUGCUCUGUCGGAGCUUCUGCCAGCCAAGCAGUUCAAAAGCAUACCAGUGCAAGUAGAUAAAUAGGUACUGCUACGGCGGGAAGGUAAACGGCGUUUCUGUGCGCUCUGGCUUCUGUCACAGUGUCCCGUUGUACCAGAAGCAGUUUAGUCAUGCUGGCCACAUGACCUGGAAAACUGUCUGUGGACAAACACCGGCUCCCUCGGCCUGAAAGCAAGAUGAGUGCCGCACCCCAUAGUCACCUUUGACUGGACUUAACCAUCCAGGGGUCCUUUACCUUUUUUUACCUGUGUGGAAAAAAAUAGUGUUCCCCCUGCUCAUAAUACUAUGUGAGAGAGGGGGUUAUUGGUUUUUUGUUUUAUUAUGUAUUUUGUGUUCUUCUUCUGCAUUUUUCUACUGUAAACUGCCCUGGUAUGAAGGGCGGUAUACAAAUUUAAUAAAUAAGAAUAACUCAGGGACAUCCACUGAAGCAGAACGUUGAUUAGUUCUGUACUUGUGCCUUUUCUACUUCCUCCAUCACUGAACGUGAUAACUUCAUUUUAAAUGAAUUGGGUGUGUUAUUCUUGCAUCUGACUGUUUUGAUGUUGUAGAUGCAAAUGCAUUCAAAUAUAGCUGAUUUCCUACACACACUUUUUUAUUAUUAUUUAAGCGACUAGGGUGUAGAAAUAGUCCUGAGACCUGGAGGAUGGCAGUGAAGCUCAUAUGUUCCCACCAUGUAUACAGUGUAAUGUGUAACAUGUUCAAAUGCACAGACAGUUCAUUCCAUCCCUAUCCCUGCAGAGAGGAGGGAGAUCGCAUGAGUUGUCUCUGCUUACAACUGGUCCUAUGUUUUGUGGCAGGCGCAUUGGGAGGGCAUAACUAUUUCUGCUUCCCUCUACACUUAUGAGUGGACUGCUUUCGGUAGCUUUGAUGAAGAAGGCCUUUUGCAACUUUAGGGGAAGUCUCUCUUAUAUCCUCUCAAGUAGGCCUAAUCCUGUCAAGAGCCUUGAACCACCCUGAGUCUUGUGUACCUUUGUUUCUGCAGUGAGGUACCUGAACGCCGUUUGCAGCGUCAUGCCCCUCACCACUCCACCUCUCUUGCCACCAAGGCUGCCAUCUUGGAGAAGGUCAACCAAGUGCGUCGGAUUCAGAGGGCAAAGCAGCUGUCGGAGAAGCACAAGUUCAGUCAGAAAGUCAUGCAGCGGCAGAACCGCACCAGAGAGUGCCGCCCGCGACGGGCCAAACACCAAGGCAGCUUUGUCUACCAGCCAUGCCAGCGCCAAUACAACUACUAAGCUACUUCAGGAAGUCUACACUGUGGGGCAUUAUCCUUUUAACUUUCAGCUUCACCAGUUCCUCACAAUGCUUUCUUCAGCCAAGAGGGUCAUCUUCGUCCAUUUUCUGAAAUAAACCCACUCCCCUCACCCCUUUGAGAAAACCUCCUACAUUCUCCUGAACUGGCACCGUUCAAUAGUUGUUCUUUUGUGGGCUUUUCAUGGGCUUUAUAUCUCCACCCCCACACCCCCUUUUCAGCAAGAAAUACAUUUUCUGAUCUACAGCUUCCUUUUCUUUUUGGGUUUAAUCUUCCCCAUUCCCAUCCCUCCAUCCACGAGCGUGGAUUUUGAUUUGGAUCUGAAGGUGAGAGAAACCCAACAUGACCCAGUAAAAUGUCCCAGUAAUAAGGCUGCAGGUCUAUUUUGAAACUCCAAUGUGGGUUGUUGUUGUUUUUAAAGAAGUGUUGGAGAAAUAGGCAUGCCUCUUAGUUACCAAGAAAGGCCAUUUAUCUCUGGUUAUAUUCUUGGUCACCAAGCGUCAUGAAAUCACACACUGGUUAUUGUAGAAAUUACCAGUGUUAGACUAAUUGGUGCUUCCAGUGAAUAUAUCACAUUUCAAUUUCUUUCCAGUGAGUUACGUACAUAGUAGGGCCAAAUGGCCUUGUCAUUUCCUUUAGUCCCUUGUUGUUGCACUAGGGAGCCUAUGACAUCAGUGCCUUUCUUUAUGACAUCACACUCUCUACAGUGUGGUGUCACAAAUUGAGAUACCAGGUUCAUGUGCAAACUGGAACACAAAAAUAACAAAUAAACCAAACAAGUCCCAAUGGAACUACUUAAAACUAUAUCUUAUGACACAUGUCUUUCCUUUAAGAAUACACGAAUUGCAUAUUUGUUCCUUUCACUGGGCUGAUGUGGUGGCUAGUCAUGAGGCAUUCUGGCAUAUCCUUAAUUUUACUGGGGCUGUAAGACCCAUGAAAAUCUAUGGGAGUUUUGCCAUUGACUUCAAAUAGAAGAUGGAUGUCUGAAUCUUCAGUUCAGUAGUGUCAUGUGAUGUGAAAUGGACCCUUUGAAAGUUCAUUUUGAGCAGCUGUAACUGCCAGCAGUGGUUUAUGGGUGCUGCAGAGGUUCACAGUUAUUGAAAGGUCAAACUUGUAUUAACGUUGUUCUUAAUCACACAUGGCCUUUUUGAAAUGCAGUGGGCUCUUCCUCCGAUUACUUGCAUAAAAGCUAGCCUAGUUUUUCUUCAAAAUAUCAUUCAUGGCUCCAUAACUUCAUGAGCAAGUGUUUAAACCCAUGUGUACAGAGCACAGUUGGAUGUGGGAAUUUUUUGAAGGACAUCAGUGUGUGUGUAAGUGUAAAAUAAAAUAACUUCUAAAAAGGAAAAAAACCAACAAAUUUUAAAAUCCUAAAUUUGCAUCUUUACCCCAUGCAUUUUAUCCUGAGGCUGAUCAUGGCAAACUUCCUCUAAUGAAAAUAUUUCCUUGUCCUAAGGAAGGAAAUUAUUAAAAGUAAUCUGAAUAAAAUAAAAACAGACAUUUGGCAGAGACUCUUGUUCUGAGGACUUUUAUCAGGUUGAGUUCUAAGGGCACCAACCAGAUAAGUUUGUGACAAUUGCUUUCAAUGGGAAACAGAUAUGUAAAUAGUCACAUUUCUUCCAUUGAUUUCAGUGGGAUGGCAGGAUCAUGCCUUAAUAUUAUGUUUAGUGGGAAAACAUCAUUUUUCGAUCCUUGCCAACAGCAGAGCACUUCAUAUUCAUUCAUGUUAUCUUAUUCUGGUGUUGAUGCUAAUGCCAAGGACUUCAGCAAAGAAAGGGGCUUACACAUAAUUUUAGAGGUAAUAAAGUAUGUUGGAGGAAGUAAUGAAGGAUGUGAGAUAAGAGGUUGAAUGAGGCUGGAGGGAUGAAGUAAGUGGGUCAAAGAUAGAAGGUGAAAUAAAGUGUCCUAUGCACACUUUCUCGAGAGUAAGCACCACUGAAUUCAGUGGAUACAUAGGUUCAGGCUGCGUGUCAGUGAAGAAGGGAUCUGAAGUUGUUGACCAGGUGUAAGCCAAAGACAUGGAGGUCUGGACCCUGGAGAGUAGAAUGAAUACCCUCUAGAGAACAGCAUGAGUACCCACACUUUGAAGAAAGUCUUUUAGAAUCUAGAGCACCCAAUAAAUAUAGUCAUUAGAUUAUGAGAACAAAUAGCUUUGAUUCUGUAGCCAGAUGCAUGGAGGAGGUCUCCUCUAAUCAAGACCAUUUCAGGAAUAACUGGGUUUCACUCUAAUUAUUUUAGACAAGCGUCCUGUUAAAAACAAUCCCAUAUGAAAUGCCUGCAACAAACCUGUAAUUUUAAAAAACAUUUAUACUGUAUUCUUAUUCAUUUCCCCACCCACCCCUUCUAUCAAGUUAAUCACAGUGUUCACAUCCUGAUUAUGGUCACAAUGACCAUUGAUUCUUAAACACUUGCUCAGUCUGGCUGAGAUCUGCAAUUUUCUGUCAUAUUUAAUCUGUACUGAGCUUAGGAAUUUCCUAUAUAAAACCUCAUAAUGAUCAUUUGGCACUGUCUAUAUAUACAUUUUUAAAAAUAAGCUUGAUACGUGUUUAGAAUAAGAAAGUAAAUUACGUACUGAAACUCAGUUGAAAGGAGAAAAAGGUAGCAUUUCAGUGCUGUGGUUUUAUAGGGUUGCCAUAUUUCAAAAAGUGAAAAGUUGUUGAGCAACCCUAGGUUUUAGAACCACCCACCCCUUAUACUGUAUAAUAUCACAUUCUGCAUGUGUUUCAAAAGUGAAAUUUGGAGAAGGGGGCUGCUAUUGAAGAAAUAUAAGCCUAAAGCCUCUUGGCUAAGGGAAUUAGCUGUGUGGUCCUGGGGGUCCUGGGCUGUGUUUCUAAAGUCAAUAGCUUUAUAUUCACAUGACACAACUGAACGGAAGAUUUCCAUCUGAGCUCAAUUCAGACUAAAAUUGUCUUCCACCUACCCGACACUGGCACUAUACCUUGGCAGAACAGCAUAGUAGAAAUCCAGCUUUGUCAGUCAUGUCGAUGUUGGGAAAGUUGCCCCUGUUUAAUGUCUGCCUGUUCCACUGCUGUCAGAUGAGCAAAAAAAAAAGUCACCCUAAAUGUUUCUCCAAAAUUUAAACUACUCAUCCAAACAGAUGUUGGAAACUUACAUUUACUAUACAUUUGACCUGCUGGCGAAGAAGGUAAAUAAAGACCAGAUCUCACCCUAAAAUGUUGGCUUCUUCCUGUUCUUCUGCCAUUCCCACCUGUAUUUGCCUAUUUGCUGACUUCAUGACUCUUGAAUAGCUGGUGUUCAUCACCUUGUCCUUAUGCAAUUGAUGGCAAAACCCCCGUAUAGGAUCAGCCUUUGUGCCUUUAAACUGCUGCUGAAGAGGCAUCAGUUUCAGCCAGUUAUUGGUACAGAGGACUUGGCAAGCACCUUAACAAGGGCAGAACCUCAAAACUUGGUUGCUGGCAUCCCUUGUCACCAGCUGCAUGUUAUCUCCAGGAGUAGCAGUUGAGAAAGACAUGCCAAAAUCCCUGUUCUUCAUUUCUGAAGAUGACACUAGACAGUUGCCCAAAUUUCGUUUUAUGUGUAAGUGCUAACACUUCCGCAGAAAGCCAUGGGGCCGACCUAUCAGAUAGAGAAUGUCAAAGCUAAUUGAUUUAAUUUUAGUUCUGGGGCAAAUGCACUUGACCUGGAACUGAAAGCAGAGCAAUUCAAUUUAUGACUGAUUCUUCCACUUCUCCUUUAACUUACCAGGAAGGCGAUAGAGCUGGCAGGCCUGAGCAUGAGUCCUAUGUACCUGUAUGGUGGUGGCCACAGAUUAUGUUGGUUUCAUUUGUGUCUGAUUAAAAUAGGGAGAUUAACACUUUCUCUAAUCUUGUGAAGUGUUUACAUCUUUUUGCCUCUGUCAUGUCACAUUAAAUGCCUUUUACCACUAUAGCAGCUCUUGAACAAAUCAAGGUGGUUUAUUUGAAAAGCUGAAACACAUUGGGGGGGUGGGGGGCAGGGAGUGCAAAUUCAGUGAGUUUUGUAUGUGGGAAUUAUCACACAAAUGCCCAGAUCCGCUUUGAAUCUGACAAUUCAAAGAUAUUGGAAGCUGCAUCUUGAAUGUGAUAAUUUAAUCUGGAACAUUAGGAGUUAAUUUUGGGGUGGAUUUCAUAUGUUGAUGAGUCUAGCUUAAUAUUCAAAUUUUGGAAAUAAGACUUUUUACAUCUCCCUCCCCACCCAAAAAAAUCACAAAUAUUGAAUAUCUCUGCUUUUUAAAUGUCAUUUAUGAGAAAGAGAGUGAUGUUAGCGAUUUCUGUUUUGUUUCACUGGGUACUCUUUAUUUUCAUUGCUGCAGAAAUCAGUUUUGGGAGGGGGCAUCUCACCAGAAUAGGGCCUCUGUCCCUUUAAGUCUGCAGCUCUACAGCCCUGUGACACACCAUGAUGUCUGGUUGUGAUGGGGAAACUACACCUCAAAGCUUUGAAAGGGCUGGAAGACCCGAUCCGUUUAAAAUGUGGACAUCACCUCUUACUACCACUUAGUCUUACAAGCUGUGGGUGAAAUUUAUUCCCACCAUCUAUGCUUCAUUGUCAGUGAAUCAUGAUUUACAUGGUAAUUGAACUUUUGCAAAGAAAGAGAGACUUCUGAAAACACCUGUAUUUCAAACAGUAGAUGAGUUUGGAGCCUCUCCUUUCUUCUUUCCCCAUGUCCUUAAGAAUUCAAACUGUUUCAUGUCUCCAAAGGAACGUUAGAAAGUCCAUUUUUCUAAGUAAAAACUGGAUUAGGUCACUUAUUUACCUUUGCCUCCAAUGCCACAUUCUGUCCCCACCUCUGCAACAUGUCCAAGAGGUUCUGACACCUUAACCCAGAGAUGGGGAACCAGUGUUGUUGGACUGCAACUCUCAUAAUCCCUGAACACUGGCUAUGUUGGCUAGAGUUGAUGGAAGUUUGAGUUUUACAACAUCUGGAGGGCCACAGUUUCCCCAUCCCUGCCUAUAACCAACACACUUAGAAAAAACUAUAUUGGCUUCAAUGGGAUAUUCUUGCAGGUGUGCUCGGGGAAGGGGGGGCAGUCCCAGUGUUAGAUUCCUUCUAGAGAUGUUGCUCUCCUAUGGAGGUCAAAAAUUAUGGCAGUGUUUCACUCUGAGCAACGGGGCCUGGCUUCCUACGUCAUGCCCCAUUAAAAUUAGCAUCGUAUCUUUGACUACAACCUUAAACAUGCUACAGUAAGUUGUGUGAUACCGUCCUCUGGUGAUACCGUAUAACUGGGUUACUUUAUUAUGUGAGCACUUGCUCACUUCGAUUGUUUCUGCUGGUUUGGUGCCUUAGCAGUGCACACAAAGAAAUGCAGACAGCGGUAAACAGGAAAAAGAAGUAUUGUACUGGCACAAUUUUGCAGGUCUUCCCACCAUUUUUCAAUUAUACUUGAGCACUUGGCCUUCGAAAAGGCUCCUAGGGUAGUGGGCAUUCCUUUCACAAUGAGUGUAAAAUGAUGAUAAUGAUGAUGAUGAUGAUGAUGAUAAAUACUUUAACAGCUCACAAGCUGUUGCCCUUUAAUGAUACUCCAAAUCAGCUGCUUGAAGCAGCCGUCUCACUCUGCCUAAUGGCAGUGUCAUCCCUAACAACAAGUACUUAUCCCAUAAUAUUAUUGCUUCCACUCUGAGGACUAUUGUGAGCUCAGCCUGAGCUCAAAAUAUGCCCUGUGUAGUUUAUGUUGACCAGAUUCGUGGCACCAUCAUGCCCCAGGCUUAGUUUUUAAAAAUGCUAGAACAGGUUUUUAAUGUUUUUAAUAUGCUGACAAGUGGAGCACUAGAGUUUCAUCAUGUUCCUGUGAUGCUAAAGGCAAAUGGGGCUAUUGCAUCAUGUCUUGCCAGUGAGCUUCCCCGGGGGAUUUUCCUGGCUAACAUCAGAGACAGAUUGGUGGAUUAGAGGGACUCUUGGUUUGAUCCCGCAAGACAGUUCUUACGAUGCAGGAGAAGGGGGGGGAAAAAGGCAUUAUGAGGCAACAAUGCUACCUAGAAAAAUAAAUAGCUUUGCUGAAGGGUGAAUAAAGAAAUGGAUGACAUCACCUGUCCCCCUUUCAAAACUUGAUCAGUUUCAUAACAAAAACCAUUCAACCACAUUUUCUCCUUUGCAUGCUGGCCAUGAUCCAACAUCACUUCAAAGCUAAGGGGGUAAUCUCUCAAAGGUGCAGAAAUGUAACCAAUUUCUUAAGCUCGUAGAACAGUACAAAUUUUGGGAAGGAGAAAAGGUGCAAUGGUUGAGUGCACGAUAGCUGGAUUCAGAAAACAGAAAUUCAAGCUAUUUUUCCCCUCUCAGAUCACUGGGAUCUAGUUCCCAUCUGUGAAACGGGAGCCUCAUAGCCAUGUUCUGAGAAUAAAACAGGAUCUAGAGUUCUUAUGGUAAACACAAAAACCUCCUUACUGCAGAGCGAAUUCCAAAGUCUAAUGAUAAAAUGUUAACCUGCUCUUUGUCUACAUCCUAUAAACACUGUAAUUUAAAACACCUGUAUAAUGUCUGCAUUGUUUUUGCUGUCACUAGCAGUUCAGGAAAGCCAUCUUAACAUUCUCAUCCUGGCAAUUCAGUGAUCAGUCCCAAGAACGGUGUUCAAAAAUACCAACUACAUAGUGCUCUCCUGUGUUAAGCCGAAGGAAAGGUGCUUAAAAUAAUAACUUCUGUGUGUGUUUGCGUAUGUGGGUGUGCAUUCACAUUUGUAAAUAUGUUACAACAAUGAGAGGAUGCAAGGAUUUUUUUUAAACUUCAACCAUUUAAAAGUUGUGACUAGCUGUAAUGCUCCUGAAUGAAUGGCUGGGAGAGUGUUGCAAUGGCAUUGUUUAUGGGAUAGGCCAGGGGCAGCCAAUGUAGUGCUCUCCAGAUGUUGCAGGAUUGCAACUCCCAUGAUUCCUGUCCAUUGGCCAUACUGACUCCAGUUCAUGGGAGUUGUGGGCCAAAACAUCUGGAAAGCACUGUGUUGGCUUGGCUACCCCUGGGAUCAGUUGAGUUCUAACUUCUUUUUUAUUUGUAUAAGGAAAAUUUACAGCAUGGACUCAGGGACAAAACAAACAAUGUUGUUACCUUAAAAACACAUGUUUUAGAACUGUUUGAUUUGGAUGGGUAUUUUGUCGUUGUAUGUAUGAGUCUGUUGAUUCAAAUUUGCAUGUCCUAAAGAAAUUUUCGAACUUGAUAGAACUGCUGUUUUGUUUUUCUUAAAAAAGAAAGAUAGAUAUACCUUAGCAUAAUUUGUGAAACAUACUCUGCAACUAGCUGCUGCCUUUUGGUCAAGGAAAAAAGGACUUGAUUGCCACUGGCUUGGCUAUAUAACAGAAUUAAAGCCAAUCUUUGGGAUGUGACCGUUUUUAACAAUGGCACGGCCAUAUUGCGGUACUCCCGCACGGCACCGUGUGGAUGACAAGUUGGAAAAGUGAGAGUGGCCAUUUGUGACUCACUUCCUCUUUUAGACCUGUUCUCUUGUAAAUACUGUUACAGACGUACAAUUAUAUAAUAUAAAUAUAUUUAAGCAAUAUUUUUUGUCAAAGUCCCCAAGUGUUUUGAGGGGCACUGAGGAGGCAAAGUGACCCAAGGCCUGUACUCUGGAGAAAACCAUAGCCAAGCCUAUCACUGAGCUACAAACCAUGGGGGAGCUCUUGCCCACCACUGGAAGUCAAUGGGAAUGAGGUAGAAUUUCACUGGCAGAGAAUACUCUGGGAUAUUUGCAAUAAAUGGCAUAGGGAAGGGACACCUCGACAUUCAUGUGAUUCGUUUAGUGAUAAUGUAAUUAGUCAGCUGCACUUGAAAGCAAAAAGAAAAGCAAGGAAGGCUAAAGCGCUCGAUGGCAAUCAUACAUCAUGACAGAGAUUUAUUUUCCCAGUCACAUUUAAACGAGUUUUGUUUUUGUGUACUGCUAGCAGCUGUAGACCCUUCCUGACUAGGCAGUAAAGAAGAAACUGAAGUCAGAUGCCUAAACACACUAACUAGAAAAUAAGUCUCAUUUAACUGAGAGAAACUUGUUUCUGUUUGGAAUGGAUGGUCAAAGCCAUCUCAAACAUUAAAGGGGGGGGGAAGAUCUCCACAGUGUUUCAUUGAUGUCUUUGCUGUAUGAUUUCAGAGACGUGAGUAAGCCCCAAUUUAAAUAAUAGGAAGAAAAGUUUAGUUUGAUAGGCCAAACUACAUAUAAUGGAAACCUCAGUUCUAUUGACACAGUAAGCGGCCAUCUUUACUAUGAGGAUACACAGUAGGAUAACUAAAUUUAAAUAUGUGGUUUUGUUAUAUCCAUACAUCUUUAUUUCAAAAUAUACAAUUGGUGAUGCCUUUUAAUAAUCCAACGGAGUUCAAAGUUCCUACCUCAGAAAACCUUUUCUGUAUUGAUUUGUUUGAUGCAGAACACGUGAGUGUUGCAGAAGAUUCUGGAACACAUUCUAGGGCCCACAAUGGAUGCCAGAGAAGCCUGUUGGGCCAGUCAACCUAUGCAAACUAAGAGUAAAUUCUAGACUAUAUCCAAUAAUCCCCACCUGUAGUUAUACAUUGCAGAGAAAGUUUGGUAACCUUGUCACAGAGCUCAUAAGAAGCCUUCUGAAAAGAACAAUCUUUAUUUGACCAUAAUGUCACAUAAACCAUGACAACUGCUCUGUAUGGUCAUUUGUUUCAUCCCCCCCCCCCCGCCUUAGAAACAAAAUCAUGUUAAUUUGCAGCCAGAUGCACCAAAUGGAAAUGUCCCUUUUAACUCUUUAUUUUCUGGCAGUUCCUAAAUUCUUACAGAAGGGUGAAUCUUACGUACUGUGGGCAACCAGCCAAUAUCCAGUUGCUGAUCUCAGCACUGAUUUGUAGGACACAAAAAAGCUAGAGCAGGCGGCUAGGGAUACCAUUCUUUGGAUUACUUAAAGUGUAAUACCCAUUCAUUUCAGGACAGAUCCAAGAGAAGUGGAUUGUGCUCAUUUCAGCUCAUGCAUAGCUCAAGAGCAAAUUGAUAGAAUACAAAGUAAAGCCAGAGCAAUAAAACACACACACAGACCUUUCCCAUUUGCUGGAAUAACUGGCUGGUUUUUGCUAGUGACAUGAUGCAUGCUUCCAUCUUGUUUUUCAGUCCUCUUCUUUCCUUUGUUUUUAAGAGAAGGUGAUUUAUUUUAUUUUAUUUUAUUUUAGUCCUCACUUUACAUUAUCUAGGCCUCCAUUUUGAACUGAAGUUAUCCUCAAAAUUGGUCAUGGUCAAUAUAUAUAUAUAUAUAUAUUCCACAUAAUUUCCCAUAUCGCCCCUUUUACUAUUUAAAGUGACAUCUCACUGAAACUAAGAAAUAAAUCUUAAUGUAAAUAAUAGACUAGAGAUGGGAAACGUGGCGCGUUGGACAACAACACCCAUCAUCCCUAGCCACUGGUCAUGCUGAUUGCAGGAUGAUGGGAAUCAGAGUUCAACAAUAUCUGGUUCCUUAUCCAUGUAACAGUCUAAGGUGGAUUGCACAUGGCAAAUCUCCAGCUACUAAUUUUGCAGGGAAAUCUUACACACCUGAUUGAAACGGUUAUGCUAGAGGAAUGUGCCCAGAGUGUCCAUAGUGUUGACAUUACAGCACCUUUUGUGAUAUGCGAUUAUCAUCACAAUUGCUGUACCAUGUGUAAACAUGUAGCUGCAUGUAACAUGCUUUUGGAUAAAGCAUUCAGAGAUUCAGAACCACCAUUGCCAUUAAAAACAACAGCCCUAACCCAGCUCCCUCGUUAGCUUUGUGUCCUGUAUGGUGAGGACAGGAAACCUAUGGCCUCCGAGAUGCUGUUGGACUCCAACUCUCAUUAUUUCCAUUCAAUGGCCAUGUUCUCCGAGGCUGGUGGGAGUUGGGAACCCAACAGUUGCAGAGCCACAAGUUUCCUAUCCUCGCUGUAUGGGCGUCCACAUCAAAACACAUUUUCAUACUUCGUCUCUGAUCUGGAACUAACAGUACGCACAUCUGACACUGCAUAUGUCUUUGACAGUGUUGGGGAUGCACACUUCCAUCUUGAAGUGCAAGGAAACAAACUUCCUUAGUGAUAUACUGCAUUUCUGAUGCCAGUUGGAAUGGAUGUUUCAGAUUCAUUAAUCAGAUUCAUUACAGGGGUAGGGAGGAUGCCUAACCUGGAGGCAAGGCCAAAGAAAGGUGGAGAAGGUACCCAGAGGACUCAAAAGGGUAUUCUAGUCUAGGCCCUUUUCCUGAAUUUACUAGGGAAAUGUUAAGGCAGAGAUGAGAGGCACUACUUUCCACAUUUGGAUUGUGGCUCCAGGUCUCCCAACUGCAUUUUAACUCCUUCCUCAGUUGUUCUUCCUUAUGAUGAAAAUAGAGUUUAUUCUCUUAACAACCACAUUCCUAGUCUUUUCCUAUUAUAGCCUAAUUUGACCUGUCAAGUAGCAUUUGAGUGGUACAAUAUUUCCUUAUAAUCAGCCCUGCUUUUACUCAUAUUGCUUCACUUCUGGAUUAUACAUCUUCACACUGUAUUUAUUAUAGAUUUGUGCAUCUGUCUUUCAUACGCCCCUCACCCACUUUCACAUGAUUUGGCUUCACUAUUCUCUAAGGAACAUAUACAUCAAAGAAAUGACACAAAUUGAUUCAGGCCACCAUAGUUAAUGUCCUACUACACAAAGAUGGCUGCAGAUUAAAUGCUACAAAUAUAUGUAAGUUGGUUUUAAAAUUGCAGGCUUUUUUUAAAGGAUACAAAGGGCUUGAUUUGAUAAAUAUUGUAUUUUACCAAGCUAAGGGCCUUUUGGCAAGUUGCAGUUUUGUUCCUUUGUUCUCAGUAGAAGUAAUUUUCAGGAUGAGAGUCAUAAACACGAAACACAACACAACACUACACUACACUACACUACACUACACUACACUACACUACACUACAAUACAUGGCCAACCUUUCAACACAAGGUCAUCUAUACCUUUAGCAAGUACAUAGGUGGGGAAAUUUCAACAAGUGCAGGUUUUUAGACCCCUUCAGCACUGUGACAUGACAAUAAACUAUUGUUGUUUAGUUGUUUAGUCGUGUCCGACUCUUCGUGACCCCAUGGACCAGAGCACGCCAGGCACUCCUGUCUUCUACUGCCUCCCGCAGUUUGGUCAGGCUCAUGUUUCUAGCUUCGAGAAAAACUAUCCAACCAUCUCGUCCUCUGUCGUCCCCUUCUCCUUGUGCCCUCCAUCUUUCCCAACAUCAGGGUCUUUUCCAGGGAGUCUUCUCUUCUCAUGAGGUGGCCAAAGUAUUGGAGCCUCAGCUUCACGAUCUGUCCUUCCAGUGAGCACUCAGGGCUGAUUUCCUUAAGAAUGGAUAGGUUUGAUCUUCUUGCAGUCCAUGGGACUCUCAAGAGUCUCCUCCAGCACCAUAAUUCAAAAGCAUAAAUUCUUCGGUGAUCAGCCUUCUUGAUGGUCCAGCUCUCACUUCCAUACAUCACUACUGGACAAUAAACUAUACCUGCUGGAAUUCCACUUCUACAGGACCAUGGAACAUACAUAAACCCAGAUGCUGAAAGGUUAGGCCUUCUCCAUUUGUACCCAUGUUUUAAUCAUGCUUCCAGACAAAAGCACACUGUGAAACCAGGAAUCUCUCUGCAGAUUCCUGGAUCAGUCACAGAAGAACGUUGUGAUUUUGGUUACAAAAACGAGUCAUCUGACCGCUUAAAACGAAACAAAAUGUAGAAAGCAGCCACCACUGAUUUCCGCAACCUGUCAAUGGAGCUAGGGAUAUUUCUGCAGCACAGAACCAUAGAGAAUAUGGAUCCAGCCACCUUUCCCAUGGAAAACCUUUGCUACAUUCUCAAAUUCUCACAUUCUUACACCAAGUCAGGCCGUUGGGUCCACCUUGCUCAGUAUAGUUUACACUGAGGGCUCUUCGGGAUUUCAGGUGGGGGUCUCUCCCAGCCCUAACUGGAGCUGCUGAGGAUUAACAGAGGGCCUUCUGUGUGCACUGCAGAGGCUGUACCACUGAGCUACAGCCCUUUCCCUACCACCAGCAUUUUGUCAAAACCGUAUUAGGGUAGCUACCUUUUGUUUCUUUUCCGAAGGCUUUUCGAACCAAGUGCUGUUUUGGUUUUAGUCUUAAAAACCCAUUAAAAAUGUAUUAAAAUGUAUUAAAGCAUUUAUUUUAUUUUAGACACACAAACACACUUACCCCCUUCUCUGCUGUUAUAAUGCCACUUCCAAAGGUGGGAGGGGGAACCUUUGCAUUUCGAAUGCACAUGCUAGAGAGGCAAAUUCAUUUCUGGUCAUUCUCUCUGUUCUGUUCUGCUGACAGGGAAGCAGGGGCAUGGUUUUUAAGCAAGGAUCCUUAUUGUAUGCCUUACAAUAGAGGGUUUGACUAGAUGAAAGUCUGCCCACCAACCUUUUCCGCAUCACUUAUACCAUAGAACAAACACCUUGUUUAAACAAAAUGUGUCCUUAUGUGUUUGUUACCUGCUGAAGAAGAAUACGGUUGGCUAAUGGAAGGAGGAAGCCCAUUGCUUGUAGGGUACUGUUUAGGCAUUUGCAAGGAGUUGACAGAGCAAAGGACACAACUGCCUCAAAGUGUUCUGUGGUGUGCCUGUGUGUAUGUAAUAUGGUUUUGAUUGUUAGACUGUAAUGGUGUCCUCUUUUUUGGGGGUAGGGGUGGG